AUGGGUGUGGUGGGUCGGUCCGACAAAAGCACCGUAAUGACCCUACUCUUUCCUCUCUUCUCCCUACAGCCAAGUCUGAGCUCAACCUCUUCAGUGACGUCACUACCGAGUGGCCUGGUCCUUAGACCUGUCAGAACUGCAGCCAUGCAGCCCCCUCCUCGGACCGGCCCCCCAGGCGCAUCCGGCACCCCUCCUGCCGGCGGUGGGCCCAACGCCUUCCGGAGGACGAGGCCCCACAAGCAAACAGGAGCAGUGGCCAUGGCAGGACUACCUGCCCAGCCCAUGACAGACCCCUUCGCAUUUGGCAGGCAAGCCCCUAUGGCUACAGGUGGUCACCCGCCGCCACCCAAUAGCAGCCCUCUGCCUAUGCAAGCCCCGCCUCCUGGUAUGUACCACCAGGCUGGCAUGGGUCAGGGGCUGCACCAACCACAACUACUGGAUGGUGCACAGGCUGGGGCUGUGCCCAUCGGCCCACCACUGCCCUCUACCCCAGUGGUAAGCCUCUUAACCCCUCACAGUACUGUGUCCCCUGUACCUUUCCCUAGACAGCUACCUGGCCCCCCAGGCCAUGCACCACCCAGUGCAGAGCAGGGCUAUUUUAACUCUAGGGAGCCAGCACCCUCGAUGACCCCAGGGCCCCUUCCCAUGGCCUCAGCCCCUAUGUCUGGCCAAGCGCCUUAUGGCCAGGACCACGGAGGAGACCAUCCCCCUCAGGCGAUGCCCUUUAAGCCUGUGCCUCCCGUUUUGUCUCAGUGGGUGCCCGACCAUGGGAGCCGCCCCCCGUCGGUUCAGAACUAUUUCCAACCCACUAGUGAUCCUCUACCCCAGGCUUAUAACGCCCCUCCCCAGUCCCAGAUACCUCCACACACACCCUCGCCCCACAGCACCCCUCCAACACACCCCCAGCAGCAACCACCUCCUCAGCACCCAGACAGGCCAACUAGCUCCCAAUGGCCCGACCUGGCAGGUGCAAACGCACCCCAGCAACACAACUCCACUUUUCAGGCUCAGACCUACUUCAGCCAGAGCUCAGCCUCCCAGGACUCCUGGUUCAACCAGCACCCCCAGGACCUGGCCUACCACCAGAUGGGAGCUGGCCCUGGCCUGGCUCGGCCAGACUCAGCCAGAUCUCACUAUCGGCCCGACUCGGCCGGGUCUCACCAUGGAUCCCACCAUGGCUCUUACCAUGGAUCAACCCCUGGCCCAGUGCCGGUCCCCUUCGUCCCAGACGGCACCAUCUCCAUGUUCUUCAAAGGAAACGACGUGGAGAACGAGGAGACCCUUGCCGGCGAGGGAGGCAGAGCAGUGAAUGGGCUCCAGGACUUUCAGCCCUCCCAUAAUCACCAGCAGAUGUCUUCCCCUCAACCCCAAGCCAACCUGGUGGCUCGUGCAGAGGCCACCCACUGUGGGCCCCCCCCACAAGCUGGCCAAUCGUUAACCUACAUGAACGAUGGUAACGUUCCUGGAGCUGGCAAACCCGUCCAGCAGAAACCCGUUGAGGCCCAGUUUGACCAUGUGGAGAACCUGGAGUGUGUGCCCAACCAGGAGGUCCUACCUAGCGAGCCCCAGAGCAGCCCUGCUGCAGCACCCACCCAUGGGGGAGAUUGCUAUGAGGCAGGCCCCAAUCUGGAGACCCCCGACUCUGUACCCCGGCCCAUACGCUCUGCCAGCGUGUCCUCUAGCUACAGCAACUUGAGCCACGGCAGCGGUACUGGUACAGUUCCACGCAAGCACCAAGGAGUGGUAGGCACCUUCAUCCAACAGGAGAGCCCUCGGCCCUCAGAGGACGCACUCUCCUCAGCCGCUGCCGGAGGCUACUUUGAGCAGAUUGACACCUCUCCGGCCGGGGAUAUGGCCGCUGCUUACCAGAGCAUCCCGGAGAGAAUGUGCCACAGCCAGCCCCCCACACCCAGUCCUCCCAAACCCACCGGCAUUUUCCAGGCCAGCGCCAACUCCUCCUUUGAGCCUGUGCGCUCACACAGUGUCGCAGUGCGCCCAGCGGAGGUGGACCGUGCCCGGAUGGUGGCAGAGAGGGGCUCUGAUUCACUGCCUGGGAACCAGGAGCAGCCUCCAGACAACCUGGAGAAUAUUUACGGAGCAGCUACAGGGCACACUCAAGCUGGGAAUGGAGCUGGGGCACCUCCUCUUGCAUACCCUCUGAGUCACUCCCACUCCAGGCCCUCGUCCCGGGCUCAUGUGGCCCACCGGCCCUGUGAGAGCCCUGCCACCACCCUGUGGGCCCAGCACGACCCCGCUAGCCUGGGAACCAACAUUCUGCUGAUCCCCGCUGCCCCUCCGGUCCUUGCCCCACUGCGAGAGCCCAGUGCCGAGGUCAUCCAGCCCCCCGAGGAUGUCCUCCUGGACCUUCAGCCUCCUCAACGCGCCCCUCCACCCUCCCAGCACCCCUCGGAGAACCUGGAGAACCCUCCUAAGGUGAGUGAGGGGGAGCCGUCUGACCCACAGCCCAAUCUGGGCUAUGCCUCUCUCCUGGUGUCUGAAUCUCUCCACCGGCCUGUGCUGAUUGCCCCACCCACCUCCAAUUACAGCGUGAUUCCUCCCAGUAACCCUGCACUCGCAGCCAAUCAGAUCAGCCCCAGGGAGGCCACCCUACCUGUGAGACCGCCCUCGCAGGCUCAAGGGGCCAGUGCCGCACAGCCCGGUCCUCCCCUGAGCUCCAAUCAGAACCCAUUGUUUGCUCCUACACCAAUGAGCUUCAGCGCCGCCUCUAGUCAGAGCCCCCUCAAUCUGGUUCGGGACGACAGGGAAGGGGUUAAACCAGAGAUCACGCCCCUACCGUCCCAGCCUGCCCGCCCCCCUCUCUCAAAGGGCCAAUCAAUGUGCGGAAACAGCCAUUCUUCUCUACCUGUUAAUUUGCAGGCUCCUCUUCCUGCUGCAUCUGCUGCUCCUGCUGCCGCCAAUUAUAAUCAGCUGUCAAAUUACGAGCUGCUUGAUUUUUCUAUGCACCAAUCUCAGAUCCCAAACCAAGCCACAGGGCUGCCACCUCUCUCCCUCCAGCAGGGCCUGCCCCUGGCGAGUAACGCCCCUGGAUUUUACCUGCAAGUCACCAAAGAUGCUCAGCAGGGGGGUAGAGGCAAUGGGGAUGCCUCCACAGCACAGAUAACUGCCGAACCCAUGCCCCCCCCAGUGGCCCCAAACACUCAACAGCCAUCCAUGGUACCCAACCCCCAGCCUGGGCACCAGGGCCAAGGAGAUGACCCUGCAGCCCCUCUCAGUGGAGCACCACCACCCCAAGGGCAGUACCCACACCUAAUGCAGGGGCCUGCCAGGGGGAAUGCACCCACCCCCUCUGCGGCUUACCCUGGACCUCGGGGACCUGUGCCUCUAGCCAACCCCCCUCCACCAGGAACCGGGGUUCCUCCAGCCCAGCCAGCCCCUACAGACCAACCGCGACCUCCCUCGUCUCUGGGGAGCCAGCAGGGGUACGGCCCCCCUCCUCCAGGGCAGGUGUAUGGGGGAUACUACGGAGGUGCCUACCCAGAGUACCCAGAUGGCAGAGCAUCAUAUCCUCCUGCUCAGUACCCACCUGCACCUGUUGACCCCAGAGCACAGCAGUAUUAUCAGGUACACAUACAGGUACACAUACUCACAAGUCAGUCAGUGUUGCUUGCAAUAGUUUAUAUAUUGAAUCACUGGUCUAAGAUAUCUGGUUCUCUUGAUACUGUAUAUUUCACCAUAAACUGUUGCAGAGUGAAGUGAAGCUACAAUAUUUGUACGGUUUAAUUUGCCUGUGGGAUUUAAUGGAGUUUAGGGAUGGGGGGGGGGGGGGGGGGUACUCUGUAGGGCUGGGUGAUAUGGCCUAAAAAUCAUAUCUAUCUUUUUUCUAAUUUAUAUAUCAACAUUUUUAUUUUGACGUUUUCUCUAAAACUUUUUUUUGCACAAUUAAAGGUCAAAUACACUGCAUUUCAAACAGUCAGGAAUAAUCUAAUGAAUUCAGGGCUUGUGAAAUUAUACCUAGGCUUAAUAUAAACCUUGCACAACCAUGAGACCCACUAAUCAUUUCAUUCUUUUAUCGUUUAACCUGCUUUUUUGCAAUAAUCACUUAUCUGGCUUUCAAGUCUUUCUAUGAAAAUGCCCUUUUUGUUACAAAUUUAACCAGAACCAUGCAUAAUGCACAUUCACUAAUAAUGACUAACUUCUUGUAGCAGUCAUUAUAGGAAAUUAACAUAAGUCUCUUAAACAAUCUCUCAAGCACAAGCCCAUGUGCCAGUGAGUAGCCAGCUAAUCAUUUGGUUUGCUAAGUGGCUAAAUGGCAAGAUCAAGCUUCUUGGUUACAGCAGAGACAAUCAAUCCCCUCGUGUCUUUUUUAAAGAAAUAGCGCCCCUUGUGUGCACUUCCGGUAAUACCGUAUACCCCGGUGUGUUACAGAAACAGUAUGACGUAUGAAAAUCUGGAUACCAGCCAACCCCAAUUGAGUUGCAGUGGGAGGUGCUUGGUGUGUGUGUAAAUAGAAAUGUACACACAGCACAGAAGGAGCGAAGGAGACAACCAAAAAGACAUGAGAACAAGUGGAGAUAAACGCUCAUAAAAAAUACGCUCGUCACUGUAUUUGGAGGAAACAUGGGGAAGUAAUGCUGCUUUCUCCCAAUUUAGGAAAAAAGGGCAUUCAAACAUUUUGCUGCAAUUUUCACCCUUGCUCUACAUUAUUCCUUGGAGAAACAUAUUUAGUAGUGCUGAGUGAUUAACUGAAAUGUCGGUUAUUUUUCAGUUUUUAAACAACUAAUUGACCUACGUCUGUUCAAUUAUUUGAAUUCGAUUUUCGUCUGGUUUUUUUCUUCUGUGAGCUCAAUGCGCACAUCGCACACAGUUUUCUAGAGAUAAAUCAGAUCCAGCCUGAACUGUGCGAUGUAGUAGGGAGUUGUAGUUUCCAACAGGCCAAUAUUCUACAUAGUUUAGCGCAUAGUAUAUGGUAAUUAACUACAAUGACCAUAAUCCAUUGCGCAUCUACUUGUCCGGUCUGUGUUUCUUUUGACUGCUGAAAAUACAUGAUCUAAGUGAUUGAUAGUUGGUAUUCAGCUGUCAUAAAAGUAUGCCUUAUUUAACUUUGAACAACUACAAAAUAGGGCACAUGGGCUUGUGCUUUUUUUUUUUUUUUUUAUACUGGCCCCCCGUGGGAAACGAACAAACAACAACUGAGCUACACGGGGCUCAUAUCAUCAUUCUGAACAUCGUAAACCUCCUUGCAUCUGCAAAAAACAGCCUUACUUAUGAUUCAAUACUAAACAAAUUGGUUUAAUUAUUUAUUUACUAGCGAACAUAGGAUAAACAUACACACUCUGCACCGGUUAUUAACUGGAGAAAACCAGACCCUAGUGGAAUGACAAGAAGAGAGAGAGAGACACUUAACAUUGCCACAUUCAGAAACUACUCUCCUCUAUAGUAACCAUUUACCUUGCACACGAACCACCGCCCUCUUUGAGUAAGAAAUCAUGAAUGUAUUUACGUGAAAUGCGUGGUUCGCUGUGUAUCUCUCUUGGUGGACAGGACAGCCCUGGAAAGGGAGUUGGGCCUUCUCGCGGCACGCUUGUAAGGCUCUGAUUGUCCAAAAAGGUUCCAAGAAGUCUUCUAUUGUUCUCUUCUUUGUAGUUGUCCGGUCUCCGAUGACUUGUCGUGUAGUCCUGAACAGAACUACAGAGUUGAUUUUCCUUCCAUUCGCUCUUGAAGAUGCUUCUUUGAAGAUAGGCUAGCCAGCCGUAUCGAUGAUUCCCAAUGGGGUGAUAGGCGUAGCGUAACAGGAUGGUUUGAGCAGAGUAAUAGGAUGGGCCUACUUAAAUUCGCUUUCGAAGAUACUUUACUUAGGACAGCUUAGGACGGCUGAUUAGCUGUCCUAAGUAAAGUAUCUUCGAAAGCGAAUUUAAGUAGGCCCAUCCUAUUACUCUGCUCAAACCAUCCUGUUAUGCUACGUGACAGUCAAUUUAGUAUAUGUAAACUUCUGACCCACUGGAAUUGUGAUACAGUGAAAUAAUCUGUCUGUAAACAAUUGUUGGAAAAAUUACUUGUGUCAUGCACAAAGUAGAUGUCCUAACCGACUUGCCAAAACUAUAGUUUGUUAACAAGAAAUUUGUGGAGUGGUUAAAAAACUAAUUUGAAUGAUUCCAACCUAAGUGUAUGUAAACUUCCGACUUCAACUGUAUUAUCACUUGUGAAUGAUGCCCAGUUUAAGGCAAGAAACAGCACAUGCUUUUUCAAGCAUAGUCGCACACCUCAUGUAGCCUAGCCCAUAGGCCUAUAUGUUUUGAUAAGGUUUGUAUCACAACUAAAGUGGUCAAAUAACUUCUUAAAAUUAAGCACAUUCAUCCGCUUUACAACAGGUGUAGAGCCUAACUGGCAUACAUACGCAGAGCGUGAGUUUCAAGUUUGGGGAAGAUAAUUUUCACCAUAAAAAUCGUUUUCCUGCUAAUGGAACAUUUGCGGUUAUAACCUACUGUCGUGUGCGCAUUGCUGCACUUAUAAUGUGAAAAAAUUGCCUAAUAGUUUAUCAACAUUUUAAGCUAAACGUUCUCUUCUGUUGCUUCAGGCUCAUUGCUUAAAACAGGUUUUUUGAUGCUAGUGGUUGUAUUAAUUUGGGAUCUAUUGCAUCCCACAACUGUCCCAGACUAUGUUUGGAAUAUGUAUUUAUCGCACAGAAUAGAAUAGGUCAACUUUUGUACUAUGGGAGAUAGUAGAUUGACAUAGGCUAGUGCUUUUGCUGUUUGAUAGGCCUACUCAUCUUGUUGGCUGACGAAAAGUAAAUGUGGACAGUUCUUAUAUCUUCAAUAUGCUCCUCGGAAUUGGAUUAGGACGCACACAGUUGCGUCCCCAAUGUGUCUGUCUUCACUUGUAACCUGUGAGAAAGACCCGAUCACGUGACUGAGAGCUAUGUGAGUAAGACGUGCUUCGGCCGCAGCGGGGAGAGAGGAAUUAUAAUUAUUAUAAUCAGCCCAAAGGCACAACAGUCACUGGCCGCAAAAGGCAUGGAUAUUUUUAGGGGGAUUAUGGCCGCACAAAGGGGAUGCACCCGGGAAAUUAGAGGCAUUAUCAAGUGCUUGUCAAAUUGUGAAUGAGAGACUGAUGAAGUGUGUACAGCCUGCGCAAAAAACAAAGCAGAGCUCAUGCUUUUUAUUCAACUUUUUUCAAAUCAUCAUUAGAGUCGCAUCAUGCAGCUUUAUGUAUUAAAAAUCAAAACAUAUAGCCCAACAGUUGUAUCACAACUAAAGUUACAUAAAUAACUCUAAAUUAAGCAUAUACAGUGGGGGGAAAAAAGUAUUUAGUCAGCCUCCAAUUGUGCAAGUUCUCCCACUUAAAAAGAUGAGAGAGGCCUGUAAUUUUCAUCAUAGGUACACGUCAACUAUGACAGACAAAAUGAGAAAAAAAAAUCCUGAAAAUCACAUUGUAGGAGUUUUAAUACAUUUAUUUGCAAAUUAUGGUGGAAAAUAAGUAUUUGGUCAAUAACAAAAGUUUCUCAAUAGUUUGUUAUAUACCCUUUGUUGGCAAUGACACAGGUCAAACGUUUUCUGUAAGUCUUCACAAGGUUUUCACACACUGUUGCUGGUAUUUUGGCCCAUUCCUCCAUGCAGAUCUCCUCUAGAGCAGUGAUGUUUUGGGGCUGUCGCUGGGCAACACAGACUUUCAACUCCCUCCAAAGAUUUUCUAUGGGGUUGAGAUCUGGAGACUGGCUAGGCCACUCCAGGACCUUGAAAUGCUUCUUACGAAGCCACUCCUUCGUUGCCCGGGCGGUGUGUUUGGGAUCAUUGUCAUGCUGAAAGACCCAGCCACGUUUCAUCUUCAAUGCCCUUGCUGAUGGAAGGAGGUUUUCACUCAAUCUCACGAUACAUGGCCCCAUUCAUUCUUUCCUUUACACGGAUCAGUCGUCCUGGUCCCUUUGCAGAAAAACAGCCCCAAAGCUUGAUGUUUCCACCCCCAUGCUUCACAGUAGGUAUGGUGUUCUUUGGAUGCAACUCAGCAUUCUUUGUCCUCCAAACACGAUGAGUUGAGUUUUUACCAAAAAGUUAUAUUUUGGUUUCAUCUGACCAUAUGACAUUCUCCCAAUCCUCUUCUGGAUCAUCCAAAUGCACUCUAGCAAACUUCAGACGGGCCUGGACAUAUACUGGCUUAAGCAGGGGGACACGUCUGCACUGCAGGAUUUGAGUCCCUGGCGGCGUAGUGUGUUACUGAUGGUAGGCUUUGUUACUUUGGUCCCAGCUCUCUGCAGGUCAUUCACUAGGUCCCCCCAUGUGGUUCUGGGAUUUUUGCUCACCGUUCCUGUGAUCAUUUUGACCCCACGGGGUGAGAUCUUGCGUGGAGCCCCAGAUCGAGGGAGAUUAUCAGUUGUCUUGUAUGUCUUCCAUUUCCUAAUAAUUGCUCCCACAGUUGAUUUCUUCAAGUCAAGCUGCUUACCUAUUGCAGAUUCAGUCUUCCCAGCCUGGUGCAGGUCUACAAUUUUGUUUCUGGUGUCCUUUGACAGCUCUUUGGUCUUGGCCAUAGUGGAGUUUGGAGUGUGACUGUUUGAGGUUGUGGACAGGUGUAUUUUAUACUGAUAACAAGUUCAAACAGGUGCCAUUAAUACAGGUAACGAGUGGAGGACAGAGGAGCCUCUUAAAGAAGUUGUUACAGGUCUGUGAGAGCCAGAAAUCUUGCUUGUUUGUAGGUGACCAAAUACUUAUUUUCCACCAUAAUUUGCAAAUAAAUUCAUAAAAAAUCCUACAAUGUGAUUUUCUCGAUUUUUUUUCCCUCAAUUUGUCUGUCAUAGUUGACGUGUACCUCUGAUGAAAAUUACAGGCCUCUCUCAUAUUUUUAAGUGGGAGAACUUGCACAAUUGGUGGCUGACUAAAUUCUUUUUUUCCCCACUGUAGGAGUACCUGUUUCAUUGUUAACCGCUCAACACAGAAUAGCCGCAUGUGCGCACUCCCUCAAAUCCUUUCGAACAAAUAUCCUUUCUAUUUUAUUCAACUAUGUUCAAUGGUAUUCUUCAUACUAUAAAAUAAUAUAAAAUAAUGCCACGGAAUUCUAAGCAAAUGUUGUCUGCUAAAUGAACUAGUAUAGCCCACCGCCAUAAGGCAUAGCCAGAUCAGGGCCUAACAUAAGGACAUCGCAGAGUAUGCUAUUCUGUUCUUCUGAAAUAGACUACAUUUUCUUCAUAUCAUGUUUCUUUAGACCUGUCUAAAAUAAAUAAUUGAUUUGUUGUGAUGGUGUAGGCUAUAUUACAUGGAUUUAUUAGACUUUUUUAAAUGUAGAUGUUCCAAAGGUCUGCAUCAGUGGCUUGUAGGCUAUGCGUGGAAGCCAGGAGAUGCUAAAUAUGUUUAUGUUAAUUAACGGUCAAUUACCGUGAGACGGGCAGUUAUUUGCUUGACAAUCACCGGCUGACAAAAUGUAAUGACCGCCAUAGCCCUAGUCAGGACAACACUGGUAUUGAAAGCUGUAGCUACACUUUGUAUGUAGUUCAUGAUUAAAACAUUAGUAAAUCCAAUGGAUCUUUCAAAUAUCCAUGGUAGCGGAGAGCAGGAUGUGCCAUUUGACAGAGAAGCCUUGUGACUCUUUCUCGUGAAUGUCCCAUGUCUGAACAUCUUUGUGAUUUCACAUUUUAUUCAUAUUUACAGAUUAUAUGCAAGUUUAUUACGGCACAUAAAAGUUCACAUGCUCAAAAAGGCAUUUCUGCAUAAGAUGAAAGCUUUUUUUUACAUUCAAAUCCCUCCGGUGAAGUAGUGACGUUCGUCAUACGCCCAGCUUUCUGAAACGGGUCACACUUGUACUGUUGCGCCAAAACAUACAUUCAAAUUAAUUUGAUAUAGCGCCCAGCCCUAUCUGUGGGUAGAAACUAUCACAUUAGCGUACCUGCAUCCAGUAUUUCUCACACAGGUGCUGGGUAAAACAAGACAGCCAUGCUCCCUUGUGUAUGUCCUUCCACAUUCCAAUUUGACCAUGUCUUUUUUCCCUCAGGAUGACCCAUACAUGAGAGCGGACCCUCGCUACAGCAGAUAUGAAGGAGCCAACCCAGCCUACCCCCUAUACAGAGAGCCCCAGCCAGAGAGACCCAGCUCCAGAACCAGCCAGUACUCAGACAGACCCUCCUCCAGGUCAGCGGAGAGUUACACUAGUACCAGUAACAGUACCCCAUUACCAAUGCAAACUGUGGAGAAGUCAAUGUGUGCAUGUUACUGUUGUACUGUUUACGUGGGUGGGUGGGAUGGUCAAAAUUCCUGCACACCUCCAUUGACAGUUUGGGACUGGAAAAGCCUUUGUUUGCUUCAUGUAUUUGUGUGUGUAGUUGCUAUAGAGCCUAACAUUUAGGUAAGGACCACCUGUAACUGUCAGUUAGUUGAAGAACCUAUCGUCUGACAUUUUUGACCACCCCUCCGUGAGCUUGUGGACACUCAAUCCUCCCUUUUUUCUGCUCAUCCCAGGCAAGGUCUCCUUCCCGAAGACUAUCAGAGAGCUAACCGAAGUGCUUAUGAUGACUACUAUGCAGAGUAUUACAAAAACCAGUACGGAGGUAAGAGCCACAGUACCAACCACCAAUGACUUAGUUACAUUGCGACAACUAUGGUAUAAAACCUUACAAUAGUGUUACACUGUCUACUAAACACAAAUAAUUACACUGUUGUAGUCAGUAAUUAUUACUACACAUAGUAAUGUACAUUGGGUUAAGCCUAAUUUACAGUGUACAAAAUAUUAAGAACACCUUCGUAAUAUUGAGUUGCACUCCACCCUUUUGCCCUCAGAACAGCCUUAAUUCGUCGGGGCAUGGACCAACAGUGCAUUCGAAAAGUAUUCAGACCCUUGUGACUUCCACAUUUUGUUACGUUACAGCCUUAUUCUAAAAUUGAUUAAAUUGUUUUUCCCCCCCUCAUCAAUCUACACUGAUUAAAUUGUUUUUCCCCCCCUCAUCAAUCUACACGCAAUACCCCAUAAUGACGAAGCAAAAACAGGUUUUUAAUAGUUUUUGCAAAUGUAAUAAAAAUAAAAACUGAAAUAAAUACAUUUCCAUAAGUAUUCAGACCCUUUACUCAGUACUUUGUUGAAGCACCUUUUGGCAGCGAUUACAGCCUUGAGUCUUCUUGGGUAUGACGCUACAAGCUUGGCACACCUGUAUUUGGGGAGUUUCUCCCAUUCUUCCUCUCAAGCUCUGUCAGGUUGGAUGGGGAGUGUCACGGCACAGCUAUUUUCAGGUCUCUCCAGAGAUGUUGAUCAGGUUCAAGUCUGGGGUCUGGCUGGGCCACUCAAGGACAUUCAGAGACUUGUCCCGAAGCCACUCCUGUGUUGUCUUGGCUGUGUGCUUAGGGUCGUUGUCCUGUUGGAAGGUGAACCUUCGCCCCAGUCUGAGGUUCUGAGCACUUUGGAGCAGGUUUUCAUCAAGGAUCUCUCAGUACUUUGCUCCGUUCAUCUUUCCCUCGAUCCUGACUAGUCUCCCAGUCUCUGCCGCUGAAAAACAUCCCCACAGCAUGAUGCUGCCACCACCAUGCUUCACCAUAGGGAUGGUGCCAGGUUUCAUCCAGAUGUGAUGCUUGGCAUUCAGGCCAAAGAGUUCAAUCUUGGUUUCAUCAGACCAGAGAAUCUUAUUUCUCAUGGUCAGAGUACUUUAGGUGCCUUUUGGCAAACUCCAAGUGGGCUGUCAUGUUCCUUUUACUGAGGAGUAGCUUCUGUCUGGCCACUCUACCAUAAAGGCCUGAUUGGUGGAGUGCUGCAGAGAUGUUUGUCCUUCUGGAAGGUUCUCCCAUCUCCACAGAGGAACUCUGGAGCUCUGUCAGAUUGACCAUUGGGUUCUUGGUCACCUCCCUGACCAAGGCCCUUCUCCCCCAAUUGCUCAGUUUGGCCGGGCGGCCAGCUCUAGGAAGAGUCUUGGUGGUUCCAAACUUAUUCCAUUUAAGAAUGAUGGAGGCCACUGUGUUGUUGGGGACCAAUGCUGCAGACAUUUUUUGGUACCCUUCCCCAGAUCUGUGCCUCGACACAAUCCUCUCGGAGCCCUACGGUCAAUUCCUUCAACCUCAUGGCUUGGUUUUUGCUCUGACAUGCACUGUCAACUGUGGGAGCUUAUAUAGACAGGUGUGUGCCUUUCCAAAUCAUGUCCAAUCAAUAGAAUUUACCACAGGUGGACUCCAAUCAAGUUGUAGAAACAUCUCAAGGAUGGUCAAUGGAAACAGGAUGCACCUGAGCUCAAUUUCGAGUCUCAUAACAAUAAUCAAUACUUAUGUAAAUAAGGUAUUUCUGUUUUACAUUUUUUAUGAAUGUGAAAACAAUUAUAAAAAUCUGUUUUUGUUUUGUCAUUAUUGUGUAUAGAUUGCUUUUUUAAAUAAAAAAUCCAUUAUAGAAUAAGGCUGUAACGUAACAAAGUGGAAAAAGUGAAGGGGUCUGAAUACUUUCCGAAUGCAUUGUAUGUACAUGAAGGCAGGGUAAAGUCAAUAGGCAUCCGGAUAGACAAUGAUGAUAAUAAUAAGGGUAAAAUAAAGAACAGAGUAGCAGCAGAAAAUGAUGAGUGUAAAAGUGUGUGUAUGUUUUUGUGUUGUGUCGGUAUGCGUGUGUGUAUGUAGUGUUAGAAUGUGUGAGGGAUUUUUGUGGGAGUGACAGUAGUGUGUGUGUAUAUACAAAGUCUAAUUAGUGUGCGUAGGGUCAGUGCAAAAUAGUCAGUGCAGAUAAUUCCUGUACCAUUAAUUGACUAUUCAGCAGUCUGGCCAUUUAGCGGUCUUAUGGCUUGGGGGUAGAAGCUGUCUCGGAGCCUGUUGGUACGAGAGCCGAUGCUAGGGUACCGUUUGCAGGACUUUAGCAGAGUGAAAAGUCUAUGGCUUGGGUGGCUGGGGUCUUUGUCAAUUUUCCGGGCCUUCCUCUGACACCGCCUGAUAUAGAGGUCCUGGGCUGUCCGCACCACCCUGUAUAGCACUUUGUGGUGAUGCAGCCAAUCAAGGUACUCUCAAUGGUGCAGCUGUAUAACUUUUUGAGGAUCUGAGGGCCCAUGCCAAACCUUCAGCCUCCUGAGGGGGAAGAGUUGCUGCCGUGCCCUCUUCACGACUGCGGGUUUGUGUGGACGGGUUUGUGUGGACCAUGUUAAGUCUUUAGUGAUAUGGACAACAAGGAACUUAAAGCUCUCGACUCGCUCCACAACAGCCCUGUGGAUGGGGGCGUGCUCUCCCCUCUUUCUCCUAUAGUCCACGAUCAGCUCCUUGGUCUUACUGAGGUUGAGGGAGAGGUUGUUGUUCUGACACCACGCUGCUAAGUCUCUGACCUCCUCCCUGUAGGCUGAUUCAUCGCUGUUGGUGAUCACGCCUACCACCGUUGUGUCGUUAGCAAACUUGAUGGUGUUGGAGACAUGCGCGGCUGCGCAGUCGUGGGUGAACAGGGAGUACAAGAGGGGACUAAGUACACACCCCUGAGGGGCCCCUGUGUUGAGGGUCAGCGUGGCGGAGGUGUUGUCGCCUACCCUCACCUCCUGGAGCUGACCCGUCAGGAAGUCCAGGAUCCAGUUGCAGAGGGAGGGGUUCAGUCCCAGGGUCCCUAGCUUGGUGAUGAGCUUGGAGGGGACUAUGGUGUUGAACGCUGCACUGAACAGCAUUCUCACAAAGGUGUUCCUUUUGUCCUGCUGGGCAGUGUGGAAUGCGAUUGAGAUUGUGUCAUGUGUGGAUCUGUUGGGGCGGUAUGCGAAUUGGAGUGGGUCUAGGGUUUCCGGGAUGAUGGUGUUGAUGUGAGCCAUGACCAGCCUUUCAAAGCACUUCAUGGCUACCGACGUGUGUGCUACGGGGUGGCAAUAAUUUAGGCAGGUUACCUUCGCUUUCUUGGACACAGGGACUAUGGUGGUCUGCUUGAAACAUGUACGUAUUACAGACUCGGUCAAGGAGAGGUUGAAAAUGUCAGUGAAAACACUUGCCAGUUGCUUUGAGUACACAUCCUGGUAAUCCGUCUGGCCCCGCGGCUUUGUGACUGUGUUUAAUGGUCUUGCUCACAUCGGCUACGGAGAGUGUGAUCACACAGUCGUGUGCUCUCAUGCACGCUUCAGUGUUGCUUGCCUCGAAGCGAGCAUAAAAGGCAUUUAGCUCGCCUGGUAGUUUCCCUUUGUAGUCCGUAAUAGUUUGCAAGCCCUGCCACAUCCUUCGAGUGUCAGAGCCGGUGUUGUAGGAUUCAAUUUAGUCCUGUAUUGACGCUUUGCCUGUUUGUUGGUUCAUCUGAGGGCAUAUCGGGAUUUCUUAUAAGCUUCCGGAUUAGUGUCCCGCUCCUUGAAAGCGGCAGCUCUAGCUUUCAGCUCGGUGCAGAUGUUGCCUAUAAUUCAUGGCUUCUGGUUGGGAUAUGCACGUACGGUCGUCAAUGCACUUAUUGAUGAAGCCGGUGACUGAGGUGCUAUACUCCUCAAUGCCAUUGGAUGAAUCCCGGAACAUAUUCUAGUCUGUGCUAGGAAAACUGUCCUGUAGCGUAGCAUCCGCGUCAUCUGACCACUUCCGUAUUGAGCGAGUCACUGGUAUUUCCUGCUUUAGUUUUUGCUUGAAAGCAGGAAUCAGGAGGAUAGAAUUAUGGUCAGAUUUGCCAAGUGGAGGGCGAGGAGAGCUCUGUGUGUGUCUCUGUGUAUUGAGUAAAGGUGGUCGAGAGUUUUUUAUUUCCUCUGGUUGCACGUGACAUGCUGGUAGAAAUUAGGUCAAACGGAUUUAAGUCCCCGGCCACUAGGAGCGCCGCUUCUGGAUGAGCAUUUUCUUGUUUGCUUAUGGCCUUAUAUAGUUGGGUUGGAACUCGUAAGAUGUCGCCCUUCUCCGUCUGUGUUACCUGAUGAUCUUCCCUGAUGUUUUCCUGAACUUUUCAAUACCUCACUUUGUGAUGCAAUUGUUACACCUUUCCUAUAUUCAAGUCAUUUGACAUAUUUUCAUAUUAGCCUUAUGAACAUAUAAACUUUGUUGCAGAUUCUGUCUGUGCUAGAAUGGUUAUAAACACCAUAAAAUUAUAAAAAAAAUUAUAUCGGUAUUGGCGCAGAACUUCCACAUCGGUGCAUCCCUAACUUGAACAUGUAAAACCAGAUAGAAAGUAUGUAGAAAUUAUAAUGAAAUAACUGCCCUUUUUCUGGCUCACAAAUUGAUUUUGAUGAACAAAUCGGUCCCAAAAUAAUCUGUGCGGCCCUCCAUGGAAUUAAGAAAUCCGAUGUGGCCCUCGAGCCAAAAGGUUUGCCCACUCCUGGGUUUAGGAUCACUGCUGUGAAAACAGUGUAACAACAAAUUAUUAAAAUACAGUGGGGAAAAAUAGUAUUUAGUCAGCCACCAAUUGUGCAAGUUCUCCCACUUAAAAAGAUGAGAGGCCUGUAAUUUUCAUCAUAGGUACACGUCAACUAUGACAGACAAAUUGAGAAAAGAAAAUCCAGAAAAUCACAUUGUAGGAUUUGUAAUGAAUUUAUUUGCAAAUUAUGGUGGAAAAUAAGUAUUUGGUCACCUACAAACAAGCAAGAUUUCUGGCUCUCACAGACCUGUAACUUCUUCUUUAAGAGGCUCCUCUGUCCUCCACUCGUUACCUGUAUUAAUGGCACCUGUUUGAACUUGUUAUCAGUAUAAAAUACACCUGUCCACAACCUCAGUCACACUCCAAACUCCACUAUGGCCAAGACCAAAGAGCUGUCAAAGGACACCAGAAACAAAAUUGUAGACCUGCACCAGGCUGGGAAGACUGAAUCUGCAAUAGGUAAGCAGCUUGGUUUGAAGAAAUCAACUGUGGGAGCAAUUAUUAGGAAAUGGAAGACAUACAACAUUUACAUUUAAGUCAUUUAGCAGACGCUCUUAUCCAGAGCGACUUACAAAUUGGUGCAUUCACCCUAUAGCCAGUGGGUUAACCACUUUACAACAACAUUUUUUUAUUUUAUUUUAUUAUUAUUAUUUUUUUUUGGGGGGGGGGGGGCUAGAAGGAUUACUUCAUCCUAUCCCAGGUAUUCCUUAAAGAGGUGGGGUUUCAAAUGUCUCCGGAAGGUGGUGAGUGACUCCGCUGUCCUGGCGUCGUGAGGGAGCUUGUUCCACCAUUGGGGUGCCAGAGCAGCGAACAGUUUUGACUGGGCUGAGCGGGAACUAUGCUUCCGCAGAGGAAGGGGAGCCAGCAGGCCAGAGGUGGAUGAACGCAAUGCCCUCGUUUGGGUGUAGGGACUGAUCAGAGCCUGAAGGUACGGAGGUGCCGUUCCCCUCACUGCUCCAUAGGCAAGCACCAUGGUCUUGUAACGGAUGCGAGCUUCAACUGGAAGCCAGUGGAGUGUGCGGAGGAGGGGGGUGACGUGAGAGAACUUGGGAAGGUUGAACACCAGACGGGCUGCGGCAUUCUGGAUGAGUUGUAGGGGUUUAAUGGCACAGGCAGGGAGCCCAGCCAACAGCGAGUUGCAGUAAUCCAGACGGGAGAUGACAAGUGCCUGGAUUAGGACCUGGCCGCUUCCCGUGUAAGGCAGGGUCGUACUCUCCGAAUGUUGUAGAGCAUGAACCUGCAGGAUCGGGUCACCACCUUGAUGUUAGCGGAGAACGACAGGGUGUUGUCCAGGGUCACGCCAAGGCUCUUCGCACUCUGGGAGGAGGACACAACGGAGUUGUCAACUGUGAUGGCGAGAUCAUGGAACGGGCAGUCCUUCCACUGAUAAUCUCCCUUGAUCUGGGGCUCCACGCAAGAUCUCACCCCGUGGGGUCAAAAUGAUCACAAGAACGGUGAGCAAAAAUCCCAGAACCACACGGGGGGACCUAGUGAAUGACCUGCAGAGAGCUGGGACCAAAGUAACAAAGCCUACCAUCAGUAACACACUACGCCGCCAGGGACUCAAAUCCUGCAGUGCCAGACGUGUCCCCCUGCUUAAGCCAGUACAUGUCCAGGCCCGUCUGAAGUUUGCUAGAGUGCAUUUGGAUGAUCCAGAAGAGGAUUGGGAGAAUGUCAUAUGGUCAGAUGAAACCAAAAUAGAACUUUUUGGUAAAAACUCAACUCGUCAUGUUUGGAGGACAAAGAAUGCUGAGUUGCAUCCAAAGAACACCAUACCGACUGUGAAGCAUGGGGGUGGAAACAUCAUGCUUUGGGGCUGUUUUUCUGCAAAGGGACCAGGAUGACUGAUCCGUGUAAAGGAAAGAAUGAAUGGGGCCAUGUAUCGUGAGAUUUUGAGUGAAAACCUCCUUCCAUCAGCAAGGGCAUUGAAGAUGAAACGUGGCUGGGUCUUUCAGUAUGACAAUGAUCCCAAACACACCGCCCGGGCAACGAAGGAGUGGCUUCAUAAGAAGCAUUUCAAGGUCCUGGAGUGGCCUAGCCAGUCUCCAGAUCUCAACCCCAUAGAAAAUCUUUGGAGGGAGUUGAAAGUCUGUGUUGCCCAGCGACAGCCCCAAAACAUCACUGCUCUAGAGGAGAUCUGCAUGGAGGAAUGGGCCAAAAUACCAGCAACAGUGUGUGAAAACCUUGUGAAGACUUACAGAAAACUUUUGACCUGUGUCUUUGCCAACAAAGGGUAUAUAACAAAGUAUUUAGAAACUUUUGUUAUUGACCAAAUACUUAUUUUCCACCAUAAUUUGCAAAUAAAUUCAUAAAAAAUCCUACAAUGUGAUUUUCUGGAUUCUUUUUCUCAUUUUGUCUGUCAUAGUUGAAGUGUACCUAUGAUGAAAAUUACAGGCCUCUCUCAUCUUUUUAAGUGGGAGAACUUGCACAAUUGGUGGCUGACUAAAUACUUUUUUUCCCCACUGUACUUGUUUUUCCAGUUAUUCCCUUUUUCUGCACUUUUCUCUCUACGCGUAUUCUGACCUUGAACUUAAGCAUGAGAAACAUGAAGGUGUGGUGGAUGUGUGUCUACAGAUGCGCCAUGUUCUGACCUUGACUUAAUUCCCCUCAUAAUUCCACCCCCUUUACGCGUGAUGAAACGAUGAAUAAGAUUGAGUAACCUAUCGGUUCCAAGUGGAACAUCUACUUUCUUUUUCAGAUAGAAAUAACACCAUUAUCCAUACACUGCAAUUUACAAAUUGAGAAGAGAUAUUGAUAAGAGCUAGGUAAGCCAUUUGGAUAAGGGGAUUGUAAAUAUAAAUGACAAUUGUUUUAGAUCUAUUUUACCUUAUCGCUGGAGACAAAUGUGAAACCAGUCAUAUGGCAGUAAACUGAAGUGUAUAUAAACAUAUCACCUUUUCCACAGUGAAGUUUAUGAAAUGCUGGCCUUAUAAUUUGGGAUGAAAUUUGGAGACCCAGGCUAUAGGCUUCUGUAGCCAUGCGCAAAUUACAGUAUAGCGCCAAACCUACCGAGUUGAUUUAUAAUUUCUAGAAUGUUUUAAUUAUAUGCCCGGACUUUCCACUCUUUUUUAAAAAAUCAAUUUGUAUGGUGUUAAAUAUUAGCCACUCUGUAUCCACCAUCAGUUAUACCCACAUGCAUUUAUAACGGUCACUGACUUUCGUGUUAGUUCCCUUACAUUUUGCAUCAUUCCAUUACAUCGUUAGUUUACCUUUCUUUCUUCUGUCACCUUUGUGUGGUUCUUACUGAGGAUCGCUAGCAAUAGUGGAUCAUAUUAGGUUAACGUAGGCCAUUACAAGUUGUGCAAUAAUUUGGGACAUGUAGCCUAUUUGAAUCAUUAUGGACAGACCAUAUUUAGCAGUUUUAAACCUGGAGCCUGGCGCAUGGUUCACGACGACUGGACCGUUGUCAUCACAAUUCCAUGAUUAGUGAGAAUUAUUAGGGUAGAUUUAUAGGACUACAGUUCAACACCUAUCGUACACUUUUUAACCUUCUAAUAUUUCAUGGAUUGAACUAUUUGAAUAUGGCAACUUUCAGGAUAAAUCAAACAAAUUUUUUAUUCACCAAUAUAUUUCAUGCGUAAAGGCUCUCCAAACCGUUAUUUAUUUGUAUUAUUCAUCAAUACUUUCCUAAUACAAAAUUAUUUACAAGAUCUGAAUAUUUUAAAAUCUACCAAUUGGUGCUGAAAAGGAGAAAAUAUGUGUGUAUUUACAUCGCUUUCUUUCAUUGAUCCCUAAUAUUCUGAACCGUUCUCUCCAUAUAUUCUAGUGAGUCUGUUGAGAAAAUUCUAAUUAAAGGUACACCAAAUUUAAAGGGAUGGCUUUAGAUAAAUGUACUGAAAACCCUAUUGAAUGAAAACUCCAUGAGAAAAUCUGUUGUCCAGCAAGUGGGAGGGUUUUCAGCGGUUUAAUAAAAUGUAUUCAGCGCACAAUAGGGAACCACGCCUGGAAAGCCCGUUACGCACCUGCAUAAGAUCUGAAUACCAACUACGGAGAAGUACGUAGGAAAGGCGUACAUUUCUUCUGAAUCGGGCCCUUAGUGAAUAGGUGCUGCCAGCAAUAGACAAUGUACAAACAGAAUACAGACACAAAGUCAACAUACAAAAUAUACAUACAUAAUUGACAAUAUAAAUACAGUAAACAUCAGGAUUAAUUGCAACAACAAUGAUAUAAUAAUAAGAACUCUAAUGGAGUGUAGCUAACGUUGACGUAAUCCUGAUGGUCUCCACUGGUCUCUGUGUUUGUUCAGACCGGAGCAGGUGGGAGGGCUACAAUGCUUCAGCAGGCGCUUACGACCCCCGCUACAGAGACUACUAUGACCAGAACUACUGGUACAACUACAACCCUGAGGCCUACCGGGGCAGGGAGGCUGCCUACUACAACCAGCAGCCCACCCAGCAGUACCCUGCCGCCACCGCCAGGUAUUCGGUUAUACAGCCUUGAUUGUUGUAAAAAUAUAUAUUCUGGGUCAUUUUUUCAUUGAGAUAUAAUGUCACUAAUGAUAGGGAAAAACAAAUGGGUAGAGGAAUACAGAAUGAAGGUGCAGGCAGGGUUUGAAACCAUGCCGCAAGGGGCAAUGUGUGGUCCGGAGUUAGAAGUGCUACCACUAAACCAGACUAUGGAUUAAUUAGCACUUGAUUGAUUAGCACUUCCAGAUGCUCAGUCAUAGUGGUUUACAUUUGGUAUUUAGCUUAACUCGCCUCAUCCACAACCAACUUGUAACAUCCAUCACACACUACAGGAGCAAGAAUGACUGAAUUCAAAAGUCCAGCAUUUCUACUUCGAUGGCUGUUGUCUAUAUUGUGAUUUCUGUUCUCUGUUGUGGUAAUGAUUGUGGGCUAAACUCUAACUUUCUAAUAAAAGUUUGACAUAUUUAUGUUGAAGGGAUGGUUCACCUGAAUUACAAAAUUACAUAUUUGUUUCUUUACCUUGUAAGGGAAAAAAGUAUUUGAUCCCCUGCUGAUUUUGUAUGUUUGCCCACUGACAAAGACAUGAUCAGUCUAUAAUUUUAAUGGUAGGUUUAUUUGAACAGUGAGAGACAGAAUAACAACAAAAAAAUCCAGAAAAAUGCAUGUCAAAAAUGUUAUAAAUUGAUUUGCAUUUUAAUGAGGGAAAUAAGUAUUUGACCCCUCUGCAAAACAUGACUUAGUACUUGGUAGCAAAACCCUUGUUGGCAAUCACAGAGGUCAGAUGUUUCUUGUAGUUGGCCACCAGGUUUGCACACAUCUCAGGAGGGAUUUUGUUCCACUCCUCUUUGCAGAUCUUCUCCAAGUCAUUAAGGUUUUGAGGCUGACGUUUGGCAACUCGACCCUUCAGCUCCCUCCACAGAUUUUGAAUGGGAUUAAGGUCUGGAGACUGGCUAGGCCACUCCAGGACCUUAAUGUGCUUCUUCUUGAGCCACUCUUUUGAUGCCAAAGAGCUCGAUUUUGGUCUCAUCUGACCACAACACUUUCACUCAGUUCUCCUCUGAAUCAUUCAGAUGUUCAUUGGCAAACUUCAGACGGCCCUGUAUAUUUCUUGAGCAGGGGGACCUUGCGGGCCCUGCAGAAUUUCAGUCCUUCACGGCUUAGUGUGUUACCAAUUGUUUUCUUGGUGACGAUGAUCCCAGCUGCCUUGAGAUCAUUGACAAGAUCCUCCCGUGUAGUUCUGGGCUGAUUCCUCACCAUUCUCAUGAUCAUUGCAACUCCACGAGGUGAGAUCUUGCAUGGAGCCCCAGGCCGAGGGAGAUUGACAGUUAUUUUGUGUUUCUUCCAUUUGCGAAUAAUCGCACCAACUGUUGUCACCUUCUCACCAAGCUGCUUGGCAAUGGUCUUGUAGCCCAUUCCAGCCUUGUGUAGGUCUACAAUCUUGUCCCUGACAUCCUUGGAGAGCUCUUUGGUCUUGGCCAUGGUGGAGAGUUUGGAAUCUGAUUGAUUGAUUGAUUGCUUCUGUGGACAGGUGUCUUUUUAUACAGGUAACAAGCUGAGAUUAGGAGCACUCCCUUUAAGAGUGUGCUCCUAAUCUCAGCUCGUUACCUGUAUAAAAGACACCUGGGAGCCAGAAAUCUUUCUGAUUGAGAGGGGGUCAAAUACUUAUUUCCCUCAUUAAAAUGCAAAUCAAUUUAUAACAUUUUUGACAUGCGUUUUUCUGGAUUUUUUUGUUGUUAUUCUGUCUCUCACUGUUCAAAUAAACCUACCUUUAAAAUUAUAGACUGAUCAUUUCUUUGUCAGUGGGCAAACGUGCAAAAUCAGCAGGGGAUCAAAUACUUUUUUUCUCCUCACUGUAUGGACAAGGACAUGGUGCAUUCCAUGGGUUAGGUUUGUUUACUUAGCCACUGCCACCACCUCCUAACUUUUGGGGUGAACUACCCCUUUAAUGAGAGACCAGCCCUGAAAUGAUUGUUCUGCAUUCCAAUCUCAGCGUUAGUAAUCGCCCCCCAGUGUGAUGAUUGUUGUGCCGCCUAACAUGGCCAAGUCUAGUUCUAAUGGAGUUUCUGUGUGUAGGCCACAUGGCUAUGACGACCAGUGGCGCUACUAUCCUGGUUACGAUGCCAGUUUUGACGAUGACUACCGGCGGCAGAGGGACCCGUACAGGGACGAUUUUGACAGACGGAGCGUCCACAGCGAACAGUCGGCCCACAGUCUACACAGCUCCCAAAGCCAUCGCAGCCGACGCAGCAGCUUUAGCUCCCGCUCACAACAGGUUUGUGUGUCUAUAUGGAUUUGAGAAAGACUGUCUUAAUUUCCUCCCAGUGUUGGUACUUUUUUCUUUGUUUUUAGUGUGGGUCAUCACAUCUGUGUGUGAAUCACUUUUGUGUUGUAGUUUCUUCAAACCAUCCAAAAUAUUAACUAAUGUACCCCCCUCUGCCCUGUAGAGCGAGGUGUAUAGGUCCCAGCCUGACCUGACAGCGGUUUACGACCCCACUGUGUCUACCCUGCCUGUGGACUACUCCUAUGGACAAUACCCAGAGCAGACGGACCCCGGACAGAGCUUCAGCCAGUACCCCUACACCUCGGGCUACCAGGCAGACGACAGCACCUGGGUUGCCGCUGAGCAGCGUAAGAACAUUGUUACUGGUAACAUUCAUUUGUCAUUUCUGGUUUGCAGAAUAGAAGAAAGAACCAGUAGGUGUUGAGUCCGAUGAGUGAUUCUGACUGAUCUGGGGAUUUUCCUGAUUGCUGACCUUAUCUGAUUCUUGAAAUGGCUUGUAGCCUUUUCCCCUCUGAUUUGUCUCGAUUGUGCUCGUCACAGUCCUGAGUAGUGGAAAUUGGAACAGAAUGUUCAGUCUGUUCAGAUUUUGGAUUGUUGAUAAAGUUCUCCCUCUCCCCCCCAGCUCCUCCUCGUCCCGUUACUCCAGAGAAGUACUCGGUAUCCCACCGCUGUGCCCGCUUCGGGCCAGGGGGUCAGCUGAUCCAGGUCCUGCCCAACCUCCCCUCGGCCGGCCAGCCUGCUCUAGUGGAGAUCCACAACAUGGAGGUAACCCUGUGAACCCAACCCACAACCCAGCCUUCUGAUCGGCUGAGGCCGGAAUUCAAUCGUCACCGAUAGCGUUUCAAAGAGCACUGGAAAUAAUAAAUCCAUACUGGGAUUCAAACAAAUAUUUGAAGUACGGGUGUGGCUUUGUGUCAAUAAUAUCCCAUGGUAAUAUCCAUGUGAUGUCAAUCUUUAAAUACACAGGGAGGUGAUGGGAUGUCCACUAAGCAGCUUGUGAAGUGUGUUGGCCAUAAUGAGGUUGACAUCUUCAAUACAGCAUAAAUAACCUGAGAAGAAUGUUGUAGUUCAGGCAAAUUCAAAUCUGGACCUUGAAGCCAGUAACACUGCUGAUUUUCAUUCUUCCUCUCUAAUCAAGGACUGAUUUAGACCUGGAACACCAAGUGGGUGCAAUUAAUUAUCAGGUAGAACAGAAAACCAGCAGUACUCUGGAUCCUUCAGGGUCUGAUUUGAAUACCCCUGAUGUAGUAGGUAGUUGUGCUAUGGGCUCUUACUUACUUUAGGUCAGCUAGGUGCUGAACAUGGCCCUGGUGUUUCACCGUCUGCUUCGGUGGUGUUGAUGCUUCUGAUGAGUCAGCUAGUCUGUGUAAGACAUCCUUAACUGGGGGUCUGUCAUUGAUUGUUGUGAGAAGGUGUGAGGAACGAUCAGCAUUUUAGCACAUGGGUGUAAGGAUACGAAUGGACUGAGAUUGGCAAUGACUAGAGGAGAUGGCGGUUCACUUGCAGCUCAUGUAUCAUCAGACGGAUACAGAACUGAACAUGCAUGAAGGAUUUACCACAGCUGAAUUCUGUAUAUAGCAUAUUUUAUACCCGACGUAAGUACGCAACGCAAGUACGCCAUUAGCUACGCAAAAUUGCUUUCUUGCGUAGUUGCAUCGUGUUACAGAUUUUGACCUGCACACUUGUGUGUAUUUUUGUGACGUAAGUACGCAGGACAGCCAUUUUGCACAGCUAAUAAACUAGGCUGUUAUAGAUUAGGCAAUACAGAUGCUAAACAAAGUCAUUGUUUUAUUAUCCACCAUAGGAAAAAACACAAUUUGAUUAGAUUGUGAAAGUAUGACCAUUAAAUGUCCUUUUGAAGUGUAAUUCUCGAACAUCUCUUGUUCUUCCUACAGACGAUGCUGCAGGACACACCAGACCAGUCCGAGCUGCGCUCCUUCCCCGGACCGCUUUUGAAGUAAGAGCGCUUUGACCUUUCACCCUUAACCCCUAAUGCCUAGUCUCCUAGGAUGAGAUAAAGAUAAGGCUAGAUCCUAGCUAGUCUCUAACCCCAACUGCUUAGCUACGUGUUCUACCUGCUUGUCGGUCUGUGUGAGAUUGAUUACAUUGCAGGCGGACUAUGCAGAAGGAUUGAUCUACAAAUCAACUUGUAUCCCAAAUUCUGUGAUCAAAAUGAGCAAUUCUGUGCCUCGCCUUGCUCAAACUGGUUCCCUCAAACAAGCUGUGUGUUACUUCUCACAGGGAGGAGACUCACAAGGUCGACGUGAUAAAGUUCUCCCAGAACAAAGGCCUGGAGUGUGCCCGCAACAACGACCUCCUGGACAAGGACUCGGCUGCCCUCCUCUGGGACUUCAUCGUGCUGCUGUGUAGGCAGAACGGGGUAAGACUGGUGGUCGGAGGUGGGACAAGACUCUUAGAUUAUAUAUAUAGUUUCAUUGUCUGUUUAUUACAGAUGCAUUAAAAGACAACAACAAAAAGAUAAACAUGGUAUAGACCCUUCAAAUUCAAAUUUGGACCUUGAAGCCAGUUCCACUGCUUUUUUUUAUAUUCUUCCCUUCUAAUUAGGGACUGAUUUAGACCUGGGACACCAGGUGGGUGCCAUUAUCAGGCAAAACAGAAAACCAGCAAUAUAUCUGGACCUUUAAGGGUUGGAUUUAAAUAACCCUGUUAUAGACCGUUGCAUCGAGCAUACACAGACCGUUGCAUCAGACAUACUUGUGUGUACAGUGCAUUCUGAAAGUAUGCAGACCCCUUCCCUUUUUCCACAUUUUGUUACGUUACUGCCUUAUUCAAAAAUGGAUUUAAUUAAUUAAUUUCCUCAUCAAUCUACACCAGGGGUGCCCAACCAGUCGAUCGCGAUCUACUGGUCGAUCGCGGAUUGCUUGCCAGUCGAUCGUGAGAUGAUUAUACAUCUACAAAAAUUCAGCCACACAAAUCAAUGCCUAUAAUCUCUUUAUGUUUUAAUGUUCGACAGUCCUCCAUUCACAGCAAUGUCUGAAAAGUCACGUGAUUUACAUAAAAUAUGACCAGUCCCUGCCCACUUAUUGACGUAUGCCUACUUAGUGCGGUUAGAUGCCGCCCGCCAACUCCAAGUCGAGGUCACGGUGAUGCCAGGCAGGUAGCUAGCUAGCUAACUUUGUAGCCAGAUUAGUUCUUAAAUUGUGUGGUGGACAGCAGCAAUAAUGAGUGAAGGGAAGGAUACAAAAAACAGAAAACGUAUCAUUUCCACAAGGAAUGGGAGGAGGAUAAUUUUUUCGUCAUGUCAAACUCAAAAUGUGUGUGCCUCAUCUGCCAUAAUAGCAUCGCUAUUCCAAAGAAAGGUAACAUAGAACGACAUUUUAAAACCACACACAAAACCCAAGAAAGAGAUUUUCCAGCAAAGACUGAAUUACGAAGAAGAAAGGUACAAGAACUAAACAAUCAACUGGCAGUGCAGCAGUCCAUUUUCAUAAGGCCUGUGACCAAAGGGAAGGCGGCAACCAUAGCAUCUUAUCGUGUGAGUCACGUUCUUGCUAAGCAUAAAAAGUUGUUAAAAAGAAAAAAAAGAAAAGCCAUUUAGCAGACGCUUUUAUCCAAAGCGACUUACAGUCAUGCGUGCAUACAUUUUUUGUGUAUGGGUGGUCCAGGGGAUCAAACCCACUACCUUGGCGUUACAAGCGCCGUGCUCUACCAGCUGAGCUACAGAGAUUAUCAAAGAAGCAUUUAUUGAGGCUGCAGACUCGCUGUUUGUGGAUUUUAAGAAUAACAUUCAGUUGUCCAGAAAUACGGUGACAAGAAGAUGUGAGGGAUUAGCGGAGAACCUCGAGGAUCAACUGAAGAAGGAUAUCGACAACUGCGAGUAUUAUUCCCUCCAGUUUGAAGAGUCCACAGAAAUGGUAGAUGUGGCACAGUUAUGCAUUUUCAUCAGAAUGGUAUUUGACAACAUGAGUACAAAGGAGGAACUACUCGCCAUUUUGCCACUGAAAGGACAUACAAGAUAUUUUGUAUGCUUUUUAUGGAGUUUGCUAGCAAAUUCCAACUUCCCUUUUGUAAGCUUGUCUCCAUUACUACCGAUGCGGCGCCUGCUAUGGUAGGCCGCAUUAGUGGGUUUGUUGCAUUGUACAAACGAGAUUAUUCUUUCCCGGACUUUCUUAGUUAUCACUGCGUAAUUCAUCAGCAAGCUUUGUGCGGGAAGAUGUUAAACAUGAAAGAGGUGAUGGAUGUUGCGAUGAAGAUUGUGUGUUCUAUUCGAGCAAGAAGCCUACAGCGGAAGCUAUUUUGCGCUCACUUAGAAGAGACUGAAGCGGAGCACACAGACCUGCUGCUGCACACGGAUGUGCGGUGGCUGAGCCGAGGUACAUUUUUAGGGAGAUUCAGUUAGUUGUUGCCUGAAAUCAAGGAGUUUUUCAAGGUCUCCAAACAUGCAGAAUAUGCUCAGCUAGAGGACACAGUGGCUCCUGGAUGUAGCUUUUCUCACUGACCUAACUUACAUUCUUAAUGAAUUGAAUGUAGAGCUGCAAAGAAAAGGCAACCGUAAUCGACAUGAUCAGCUCUGUGAACACUUUUAAAUGCAAACUACAACUGCUCACAAGAAAGCUGCAAUGUAAGGACCUGCACUUCUUUCAACACAUGCGUUCAGAACUUGAACGUCAGGGCAAGGAUACAGCACAACUUGACAGUGCACGUUACGUGGAGCAAGUCCAGAGCAUCUUAUCUGAGUUUGACAGUCGUUUCACUGACUUUGCAUCACUUGAGCCUAUUGCCACUUACGUGCUUUCCGUUUGGCACAGACAUAAAUGUGGAAGUCAUUGCCUCCAAAAUGGGAUCACUUUCUCAGUUGGACACAACUAUAGCAGAAACUGAAAUUCUCACACUUCAAAAUGACAUUCAGCUGAAAUCCAGGGCAACCACUGAGAUGAAGGAAUAGUUCUGGGAGCUACUGCUAGAGGAGAAGUAUCCCAACAUAAGAAGAUGUGCUCUCAACUUAUCAGCCCUUUUUGGAUCAACCUACCUUUGUGAGUCUACAUUUUCUCACAUGAAGAUAAUAAAGUCCAAGUACAGAUCUACAGUCGUGGUCAAAAGUUUUGAGAAUGACACAAAUACUAAUUUUCACAAAGUCUGCUGCCUCAGUUUUGAUGAUGGCAAUUUGCAUAUACUCUAGAAUGUGAUGAAGAGUGAUAAGAUGAAUUGCAAUUAUUUGCAAAGUCCCUCUUUGCCAUGAAAAUGAACUUAAUCCCCCAAAAACAUUUCCACUGCAUUUCAGCCCUGCCACAAAAGGACCAGCUGCCAUCAUGUCAGUGAUUCUCUCGUUAACACAGGUGAGUGUUGACGAGGACAAGGCUGGAGAUCACUCCAUCAUGGUGAUUGAGUUAGAAUAACAGACUGGACGAUUUAAAAGGAGGGUGGUCCUUGAAAUCAUUGUUCUUCCUCUGUUAACCAUGGUUACCUGCAAGGAAACACGUGCCGUCAUCAUUGCUUUGCACAAAAAGGGCUUCACAGGCAAGGAUAUUGCUGCUAGUAAGAUUGGACCUAAAUCAACCAUUUAUCGGAUCAUCAAGAACUUCAAGGAGAGAGGUUCAAUUGUUGUGAAGAAGGCGUCAGGGUGCCCAAGAAAGUCCAGCAAGCGCUAGGACCGUCUCCUAAAAUUGAUUCAGCUGCGGGAUUGGGGCACCACCAGUGCAGAGCUUGCUCAGGAAUGGCAGCAGGCAGGUUUGAGAGCAUCUGCACGCACAGUGAGGCGAAGACUUUUGGAGGAUGGCCUGGUGUCAAAAAGGGCAGCAAAGAAGCCACUUCUCUCCAGGAAAAACAUCACGGACAGACUGAUAUUCUGCAAAAGGUACAGGGAUUGGACUGCUGAGGACUGGGGCUACCAUCAGCGCUACCAUCAGUCCUGUGUCAUGCCAACAGUAAAGCAUCCUGAGACCAUUCAUGUGUGGGGUUGCUUCUCAGCCAAGGGAGUGGGCUCACUCACAAUUUUGCCUAAGAACACGGCCAUGAAUAAAGAAUGGUACCAACACAUCCUCCGAGAGCAACUUCUCCCAACCAUCCAAGAACAGUUUGGUGAUGACCAAUGCCUUUUCCAGCAUGAUGGAGCACCUUGCCAUAAGGCAAAAGUGAUAACUAAGUGGCUCGGGGAACAAAACAUCGAAAUUUUGGGUCCAUGGCCAGGAAACUCCCCAGACCUUAAUCCCAUUUGAGAACUUGUGGUCGAUCCUCAAGAGGCGGGUGGACAAACAAAAACCCACAAAUUCUGACAAACUCUAAGCAUUGAUUAUGCAAGAUGGGCUGCCAUCAGUCAGGAUGUGGCCCAGAAGUUAAUUGACAGCAUGCCAGGGCGGAUUGCAGAGGUCUUGAAAAAGAAGGGUCAACACUGCAAAUAUUGACUCUUUGCAUAAACUUAAUGUAAUUGUCAAUAAAAGCCUUUGACACUUAUGGAAUGCUUGUAAUUAUACUUCAGUAUACCAUAGUAACAUCUGACAAAAAUAUCUCAUAACACUGAAGCAGCGAACUUUGUGAAGACCAAUACUUGUGUCAUUCUCAAAACUUUUGACCACGACUGUACUAUGACUGAUGACCACCUUGUGGCCUGUAUGAGACUUGCAACAAGCUGACUAUGAAAAACGACUUGCCUCCACCCAAUGCCAAAAGUCACACUAAGGUAGGAAAUGAAAUUAGUUGCACUUAUUUGUGGAAAACAUGUUAAUGGUCCACAUUAUAUUUGGGUAUCAAAUAGGUAUCAUAGUGGCAGGUCCAUACUCAGUGGUGUGUUGCGUUUCAUACAUUUUGUUGGUUGGUUUAGAUUUAGAGACUGGUAGAUCUCAUCAGGCUGGCAAAUGAAAAAGUAGAUCUCACAUCAAAGAAGGUUGGGCACACCUGAUCUACACACAAUACCCCAUAAUGACAAAGCGAAAACAGUUUUUUAGAAGUUUUUGCAAAUGUAUUACAAAUAAAAAACAGAUACCUUAUUUACGUAAGUAUUCUGAACCUUUUCUAUGAGACUCUAAAUUGAGCUCGGGUGCAUUCUGUUUCCAUUGAUCAUCCUUGCGAUGUUUCUACAACUUGAUUGGAGUCAACCUGUGGUAAAUUCUAUUGGUUGGACAUGAUUUGGAAAGGCACACAUGUCUAUCUAUAUAAGCUCCCACAGUUGACAGUGCAUGUCAGAGCAAAAACCAAGACAUGAGGUCGAAGGAAUUCUCCAUAGAGCUCAGAGACAGGAUUGUGUCGGCACAGAUCUGGGGAAGGGUAUGAAAAAAUGUCUGCAGCAUUGAAGGUCCCCAACAACACAGUGGCCUCCAUCAUUCUUAAAUGGAAGAAGUUUGGAACCACCAAGACUCUUCCUAGAAUUGUCCGCCUGGCCAAACUGCGCAAUCGGGGAGAAGGGCCUUGGUCAGGGAGGUGACCAAGAACCCGAUGGUCACAUGGGUGACAGAGCUCCAGAGUUGCUCUGUGGAGAUGGGAGAACCUUCCAGAAGGACAACCAUCUCUGCAGCCCUCCACCAAUCAAGGCCUUUAUGGUAGAGUGACCAGACGGAAGCCACUCAGUAAAAGGAACAUGACAGCCCACUUGGAGUUUGCCAAAAGGCACCUAAAGGACUAUAUGACCAUGAUAAACAAGAUUCUCUGGUCUGAUGAAUCCAAGAUUGAACUUUUUGGCCUGAAUGCCAAGCGUCACGUUUGGAGGAAACCAGGCACCAUCCCUACGGUGAAGAAUGGUGGUGGCAGCAUCAUGCUGUGGGGAUGUUUUUCAGCGGCAGGGACUGGGAGACUAGCCAGGAUCAAGGGAACGAUAAACAGAGCAAAGUACAGAGAGAUCUUGAUGAAAACCUGCUCCAGUGCGCUCAGGACCUCAGGACACCUUCCAACAGGACAGCGACCCUAAGCGCACAGCCAAGACAAUGCAGAAGUGGCUUCGGGACAAGUCUCUGAAUGUCCUUGAGUGGCCCAGCCAGAACCCGAUCGAACAUCUCUGGAGAGACCUGAAAAUAGCUGUGCAGCGAAGCUCCCCAUCCAACCUGACAGAGCUUGAGAGGAUCUGCAGAGAAGAAUGGGAGAAACUCCCCAAAUACAGGUGUGCCAAGCAUGUGUCAUACCCAAGAAGAGUCUAGGCCAGGGGUGUCAAACGUCCGGCCCGCGGGCCGGAUCAGGCCCGCAAACGGGUUUAAUCCGGCCCGCGAGAUGAUUUUGUAAAGUAUAAAAAUGAGCUGCAAUUUUUCAAUAAAAGAAACUGCUGUUCCAAUUGUGUCCACUGGAUGUCGCAAUAGCAAUUGUGUUAAGCAAGCAAACUGUUUAUACCGGGGCAGAGCAAAUAGGUCAAGCAAGUGCAGCCAGUCCAGAUGAGCUACUUUUUUAUGCCCGCAAUAUUUAUUACGGCUUCUACUUUUAACAUUAUGUGCUUUGGCACCCUCAUUGCCCCAAUAUGUCUCUGACAAAAAAGAGAAAAGUGGACGCAGAGUGCAGAGUGUUCCAAGAAAAAUUGUCAUCCUUCUAUUUAUUCACGGAAUUGAAUGGGAAAGCUGUAUGUUUGGUGUGUUCACAGCAUGUUGCAGUGCUGAAAGAAUAUAACCUUUGUCGCCACUAUGUGAGUCUUCAUGCCGACAAAUAUGACAACUUUCAAGGACAGCGGAGAAGAGAGAAGGUGAAUGAACUGUUGGUGGGUCUGAAGAAACAGCAGUCUGUGUUUACUCACAGCCGAGACAUCAGUGACGCUGCAGUGAAAGCUAGCUACCUCAUUGCUAAUGAAAUCGCAGUGGCUUCAAAACCAUUUAGUGAGGUUGAAUUUGUAAAAACAUGCAUGAUGAAGGCAGCAGAGAUUGUGUGCCCUGAAAAGCACCAGGCUUUUGCAAAUAUCAGCCUGACAAGAAACACAGUUGCAGACAGGAUUUCCGAUCUUUCAGUGGAUUUGGACAGCCAGUUGAAGCAAAAAGUAAAGUCAUUUAUUGCGUUUUCGGUUGCAAUUGAUGAAAGCACGGACAUUACAGAUGUUGCACAACUAGCCAUUUUCAUCCGCGGAGUUGAUGACACAUUGACCGUCACAGAGGAGUUCGUGGAGUUGGUGCCGAUGACAGAUACAACGACAGCAGCUGAUAUUUUCACUGCACUCGUCGGCGCGCUGGACAGGGUCGGAGUGGACUGGUCCCGCGCUGUCAGCCUGGCUACAGAUUGUGCGCCCUCAAUUAUCGGGAAAAAAGCAGGCGUUGUGACAAAGUUCAGAGAGAAAGUGCAAUCUGCAAAUGGAGGACGUGAUUUUUGGACAUUUCACUGUAUUUUGCACCAGGAGGCUUUGUGUUGCAAGUCAUUAAAGAUGGAUAACGUCAUGAAGGUGGUCAUCCAAACUGUUAAUUUCAUCCGAUCCAGAAGCCUGAAUCACUGUCAGUUUGACAGCCUUCUCAGAGAGAAAGACCACAUCUAUGGCCUGCCAUACCACACUGAGGUAAGAUGGUUAAGCCGAGGUGCUGUGCUGAGGCGUUUCUUUGAUUUACGAGAAGAAAUUGAACAGUUCAUGGAAGAAAAGGGCAAACCAGUGUUAGAAUUUAAUUCCGCAGAAUGGAUGCAGGACCUUGCAUUUAUGGUGGAUGUUACAGAGCACCUGAAUAACUUGAACAAACAGCUGCAAGGGCGCAAAGUUGCCACGCAGUAUUAUGACAGCAUACGUUCUUUCAAGUUGACGCUGUCAUUGUGGGAGACGCAACUCGCCGGUGGUGAUGCAGCUCACUUCCCCUGUCUGAAAAAUGUGUGCGCGACCCAACAUGUGGCAGACAUGAAGCGGUUCAAAGAUAAAAUAACGGGACUGUUAAGGGAGUUUGAGCAACGCUUUCAGAUUUUUGGUGAACUGGAGAAAGACUUAAAAGUUUUUUGUUCGCCAUUCACCGUGAAUCCCUCUCAUCUGCCCGUCAGCAUCCAACUUGAAAUAAUAGACUUGCAGUGUGACUCGGAUUUGAAGGGCAAAUUUGCCGCAGCUGGCUUGGACACAUUUUAUCAGAAUCUCUUGCCAGGUUACCCCAACUUGACAGCCCUCGCUGCAAAACUGUUGUGUAUGUUUGGAAACACAUAUCUUUGUGAGCAAGUUCUCUGUAAUGAGCAUAAAUAAAACAAAGCUGCGCUCAAGGCUCACGCACAAGCACUUGAAUCACAUCCUGAAGUUGGCUGCCACUCAGGAUGUGACGCCUGAUAUUGAUGCGCUGGUGAAAGCUAAAAGAUGCCAGGUAUCAGGAGUCAAAUAAACUAUGCAACCCCACUUAAAGUGCUGCAUGAGACACCCUGAUAUAGUUCUGUGAUAUACUUCUGUGAAUCACUGAGGCAUUGUGUGUUUGUGUGUUGUUUGUCCUCAGAAUUUCAAAUAACUUGAGGUGUUUUAUGAUUAAUAGUGAUGUUGUGCUUUUGGACACACUGUCCUCAGGCUCCAGCUUUAUGUUUAUGUUUUUAUGUUGAUGUGCUAUUGUUUUUAAUUUAUUUUAUUUUAUUUGUAUAUUUAACCUAUUCUUGACUCUGUGGUUCUUGCACUUGUUUGGGGAACAGGAUUUCAUUAUUUGUAUCUACAUUUCUGCCUGAGAAAUGACACCCUGAUAUAGUUCUGUGAUCUGUGAAACAGUUAUGUGAAUCACUGAGGCAUUGUGUGUUUGUGUGUUCUUUUUCUUUAGAAUUUUCAAAUAAACUUCAGGUGUUUUAUGAUUAAUAGUGAUGUUGUGCUUGUACUAUUUUGGACACACUGUCCUCAGGUUCCAGCUUUGUUUUAUGUUGAUAGUAUUAAAACAAAGAAAACAAUCUGAAGUUGUUGUUUUUAAGUUAUAUAUACCAUGAUUUUACCGGUCCGGCCCACUUGGGAAUAGAUUUUCCUCCAUGUGGCCCCUGAGCUAAAAUGAGUUUGACACCCCUGGUCUAGGUUGUAAUCGCUGCCGAAGGUGCUUUAACAAAGUACUGAGUAAAGGGUCUGAAUACUAAUGUAAAUGUAAUCAUUUCUAAAAAUCUGUUUUUGCCUUGUCAUUAUGAGGUAUUGAUUGAUUGAGGGGGGGCAAAAACAAUUUAAUCAAUUUUAGAAUAAGGCUGUAACGUAACUCUCUGACAACAAGCAGUUUAAACUCGCCAUUUGCAUUUGAGGUUUGGUCCAACAAUCGUCAUAUGGACACAGAAACACUUCCACAUAAUUUUUCUGUAAUAGAUGAGAACUUAACCUUUCUAACGAUACCCUUUUUCUGUCUCAACUCAAAAUGUAGAACAAAGCAGACCUUACUAAAACGCGAGUAUCAAUGAACAUGUUGUGGAAAAUGUAUGCUCAGUUUCUGACGCGCGUGGCAUUCGAAUAUUCCUGACCGUUAGAAAUGUAGUGUAUUGACCAUUAAUUGUGCAACAAAGCUUAGAAAGUAGAACAAAAUUGAGAUAUAUAUUGUGACCCACCCAUAAGUUUGAAAGAAUCAAGAUGAUUUUUAGGUCAUAUAGCCCAGCCCUAGCAUGGGGUAAUUGUCUUGCUGGAAGAUCAACUUGCGGCCAAGUUUCAGCCACCUGGCAGAGGCAACCAGAUUUUUGGCAAACAAAUUAUUUUCUUUGAGCAAUUGUAUUAGUGUAAAAUAUGUUUUUAUUAUUUUUAUAGUAUUUUUUGCUCAUCUUAAUAAAGGGUGCCAAUAAUUUUGGUAAUGACUGUGGUGUAGACCUAUAUCUAAACAAACCUCUUUCUCCCUCUUCCUCGAUCUUCCCUCUCUCUCCCUUUCUCUCAGACCGUGGUUGGGACAGACAUAGCUGAUCUGUUGCUGAAGGAGCAUCGCUCAGUGUGGUUGCCGGGCAAGUCGCCUAAUGAGGCCAACCUGAUUGACUUCAACAACGAGCCACUGGCGCGGGCCGAGGAGGAGCCUGGGACGGGACCACUGUCCCUCCUAUCAGACACCUUCAUGAUUGUCCCCGAGAACGUCGGCAAGGAAACGGAGCGCUUCAGGGAACUGCUGCUAUUUGGUCGCAAGAAGGUUUGAAUGCCAUCUACCUUGAAUUUACUGGUUUAUGUUAAGGGGGAGAGUAGGAGGAAAUGCAUAUUUUUAGGAGACAAUGUGAAAAACAUGCAUCGCGAGAUUGUUGCAGAAUCGAAUGAGAACUUUAAUUACUUCCAAAAUGCAGUGCAAAGCAGGAUAAAAUUGCAGAACAACGUGAUUGUAUGGGAACUUAGUUAACCCAUUUAGGGUAUAUUUAGAAAGUAUUUUGACUGUGUUGUGAUUAUGUGUACUAUAGCUAUACGAGUUAGAUCCUUUUUACUACCUGUGCGUGUGUAGGAUGCCCUGGAGGCAGCCAUGAAGGGAGCUCUGUGGGGCCACGCCCUGUUGUUGGCCAGUAAGAUGGACAGCCGGACACACGCUCGCGUCAUGACCAGGUGGGUGAAGAGAAAGCAUGCAACGGCUUUAGUCAGGGGCUUCAGCAAAAAAAGACGAUUCUGAACACUGAUCUAUGCUGCUAGCCUGGUCCCAGAUCUGCCAAACAUAGCAUGAUAACAAUCAUAGGAGUUGGCUAUACAGCAACAGAUCUGGGACCUGAGGUAUACAGCAACAGAUCUGGGACCAGAGGGGUAUACUACGAAUCUAGCUAGAUCUACUCAGGGUUUUCUAAAGCUAGCCAGCUUCAGUUAGCUUCACAAGCUCAGGCUUCAUCCAUGUUACGAAGGUGAAUUGUGAUCCUACAGCUACCGCUAGCUUGAGUAGAACUCGGGCCAUGCUUGUAACUGCGCGUACAUGUUGCAAGUGGUCACCCCAGCUAGUCAAAUGCCGAACUCUUCAUUGAGAAAAUGCCAAACCAUCAAUCCAUGAGUGAGUCAGUGCCACAUUUGAAUUAUUUCAGAAAUGAAAAUGAAAGAAAAGAUAUUCAGCAGGCUAUGGUGGGAAAUUGGCUAUUAGAAGACCGUCUUUCUUUUUUUACUCGUAUCAUUAACGCCAUCUUUGGUGUGAAAUGCACAAUCACCUUUAUCCCCUCUAUCGAGAUUUUUUUUAAAUUAAAUUAUAUGAAAGUUUCACUGUGCUUGAAGUUUCAAAUUCACCCUGUCAUAAAUGUGUAGUGUGAUUUGUAUUUGGAUACAACCAUUUUUAACACAAGAACAUUUUAAAUAUUUAAUUAGGUGUCUUCCUCAAUUAUGGUCAGGAGAAUGAAGGGAUGACACACUCUUUGCGAGAUGGAGGGAAUCUAAUUGGUCCUCUACUCGAGGCUCAAACACUUCAUUCAAGAUAAGUGGAGUUAGCCCUGAGUUAGCCUUCCCCAGAGCAGGUUAGUUCUGAAGGAUUCGUUACCAUAGGAAAAAAAAGGUGCGCCACUCGGUUAUCCCGAGUUCAACUCCGAGUUGACCAAAGUUAGCUCGCUAACUCCUCUAUCCAGAUUCGUAGUACACCACUCAAGGUUUCAAAAUACAAAUCAAUUUUAGAAUAAGGCUGUAAUGUAACAAAAUGUGGAAAAAUUAAUGGGGUCUGAAUACUUUCCAAAUGCAGUGUAUACACGGGGUACCAGUACCGAGUCGAAGUGGACGGGUAUGAAGUAAUUGAGGUAGAUAUGUACAUACAUGGCGCAGUGGUCUAAGGCACUGCAUCGCAGUGCUAGCUGUGUCACUAGAGAUCCUGGUUCAUAUCCAGGCUCUGUCGUAGCCGGCCGCGACUGGGAGACCCAUGGGGUGGCGCACAAUUGGCCCAGCGUCGUCCAUGGUAUGGGAGGGAAUGGCCGGCAGGGAUGUAGCUCAGUUGGUAGAGCAUGGCGUUUGCAACGCCAGGGUUGUGGGUUCGAUUCCCACUGGGGGGCAGUAUGAAAAAAAUAAACAAUAAUAAUAAUGUAUGCACUCACUACCUGUAAGUCGCUCUGGAUAAGAGCGUCUGCUAAAUGACAAAAAAUGUAAAUGUAAAUAUAGGUAGGGGUAAAGUGACUAGGCAACAGGAUAGAUAAUAAGCAGUAGCAGCAGUGUAUGUGAUGAGCCAAAAGUGAGUGCAAAGAAGUUACUGCAGAUAGUCAGGGUAGCUAUUUGGUUAACUAUUUGGCUAAAGCUGCUUCUUUCAAUGAGCGGGACACUAAUCUGGAAUCUUAUAAGAAAUCCUGCUAUACCCUCCGACGAACCAUCAAACAGGCAAAGGGUCAGUACAGGACUAAGGUCCAAUCCUACUACAUCGACUCUGACACUCGUCGGAUGUGGCACGGCUUGCAAACUAUCACGGAUUACAAAGGGCAUCCCAGCCGCGAGCUGCCCAGUGACGUGAGCCUACCAGAUGAGCUAAAUGCCUUCCAUGCUCGCUUCGAGGCAAGCAACACUGAACCAUGCGUGAGAGCACCAGCUGUUCCGGACGGCUGUGUGAUCACGCUCUCCGUAGCCAAUGUGAGUAAGACCUUUUAAACAGGUUAACAUUCACAAGGCCGCAGGGCCAGACGGAUUACCAGGAUGCUUACUCAGAGCAUGCGCUGACAAGCUGGCAAGUGUCUUGCCUGCCACUUUAAACCUCUCCCUGACCCAGUCUGUAAUGACUACAUGUUUCAAGCAGACCACCAUAGCCCCUGUGCCGAAGAACGCCAAGGUAACCUGUCUAAAUGACUAUCGCCCUGUAGCCAUGAAAUGCUUUGAAAGGUUGGUCAUGGCUCAACACGCCCCCAUUUUCCUUGUCCAGGGUAAGCAUAACGUCCAGUGCUGGCGACUCGUUGAAGUAGAAAUCUUCAUCCAAAUCGAGGCUAGUGAUCGCUGUUCUGAAAUCCAGAAGCUCUUUUCCAUCAUAGGAAAUUAUGGCGGAAACAUUAGUGCCUUCAGAAAGUAUUCACCCCCCUAAAAUAGAUUACAUUGAGAUUUUGUCACUGGCCUACACACAAUACCCCAUAAUGUCAAAGUGGAAUUAUGUUGUUUAAAAAAAAAUCUGAUUAAUACAAAAUUAAAAGCUGAAAUGUCUUGAAUCAAGCCUAAAUAAGUUCAGGUGUAAACAUUUGUUUAACAAGUCACAUAAUAAGUUACAUGGACUCACUCUGCGCAAUAGUCGUGUUUAACAUUAUUUUUGAAUGACUACCUCAUCUCUGUACCCCGCAAAUACAAUUAUCUGUAAGGUUGAGCAGUGAAUUUCAAACACAGGUUCAACCACCAAGACCACGUUUUCUAAUGCCUCGCAAAGAAGGGCACCUAUUGGUAGAUGGGUAAAAAAAAAAUAUAAGCAGACAUUGAAUAUCCCUUUAAGCAUGGUGAAGUUAUUAAUUACACUUUGGAUGGUGUAUCAAUACACAUAGUCACUACAAAGAUACAGGCAUCCUUCCUGACUCAGUUGCCGGAGAGGAAGGAAACCGCUCAGGGAUUUCACCAUGACACCAAUGGUGACUUUAAAACUGUUACAGAGUUUAAUGGCUGUGAUAGGAGAGAACUGAGGAUGGAUCAACAACAUUGUAGAUACUCCACAAUACUAACCUAAUUGACAGAGUGAAAAGGAAGCCUGUACAGAAUACAAAUAUUCCAAAACAUGCAUCCUGUUUGUCCUAAAUACAAAGUGUCAUGUUUGGGGCAAAUACAAUACAAUACAUUACUGAGUAUCACUGUCCAUAUUUUCAAGCAUAGUGGUGGCUGCAUCAUGUUAUGGGUGUACUUGUAAUAAUUUAGGACUGGGGAGUAUUUCAGGAUAAAAAAGAAACGGAAUGGAACUUAGCACAGGCAAAAUCCUGGUUGUCUGCUUUCCACCAGACGCUGGAAGAUGAAUUCACCGUUCAGCAGGACAAUAACAGUAGGCCAAAUCUACACUGGAGUUGCUUUUUUAAGUUUUGACUUUAAUCUACUUCAAAAUCUAUGGCAAGACCUGAAAAUGGUUGUCUAGCAAUGAUCCAACAACCAAUUUGACAGAACUUGAAGAAUUCUGAAAAGAAUAAUGGGCAAAUGUUGCUAAAUCCAGAUGUGGAAAGCUCUUAGAGACUUACCCAGAAAGACUCACAGCUGUAAUCGCAGCCAAAGGUGCUUCUAUAAAGUAUUGAUUCAGGGGUGUGAAUAAUUAUGUAAAUGAGAUACAUUAUAUACAAAGGUAUGUGGACACCUCUUCAAAUUAGUGGAUUCGUCUAUUUCAGCCACACCGUUGCUGACAGGUGUAAAAAAAAUCGAACACACAGCCAUGCAAUUUCCAUAGACAAACAUUGGCAGUAGAAUGGCCUUACUGGAGAGCUCAGUGACUUUCAACGUGGCACCGUCAUAGGAUGCCACCUUUCCAACAAGUCAGUUUGUCAAAUUUCUGCCUUACUAGAGCUGCCCCGGUCAACUGUAAGUGCUGUUAUUGUGAAGUGGAAACGUCUAGGAGCAACAACAGCUCAGCCGUGAAAUGGUAGGCCACACAAGCUCACAGAACGGGACCGCCGAGUGCUAAACUGCAAAGCGCGUAAAUAUCGUCUGUCCUCAGUUGCAACACUCACUACCGAGUUCCAAACUGCCUCUGGAAGCAACGUCAGCACAAGAACUGUUCGUCGGGAGCUUCAUGAAAUUGGUUUCCAUAGCCAAGCAGCCGCACACAAGCCUAAGAUCACCAUGCGCAAUGCCAAGCGUCGGCUGGAGUGGUGUAAAGCUCCCCGCCAUUGGACUCAGGAGCAGUGGAAACGCGUUCUCGGGAGUGAUGAAUCACGCUUCACCGUCUGGCAGUCCGAAUAUGAGUUUGGCGGAAGCCUAGAGAACGCUACCUGCCCGAAUGCAUAGUGCUAACUGUAAAGUUUGGUGGAGGAGUAAUUAUGGUCUGGGGCUGUUUUUCAUGGUUCGGGCUAGGCCCCUUAGUUCCAGUGAAGGGAAAUCUUAACGCUGCAGCAUACAAUGACAUUCUAUACGAUUCUGUGCAUCCAACUUUGUGGCAACAGUUUGGGGAAGGCCCUUUCCUGUUUCAGCAUGACAAUGCCCCCGUGGACAAAGUGAGGUCCAUACAGAAAUGGUUUGUCGGGAUCGGUGUGGAAGAACAUAACUGGCCUGCACAGAUCCCUGACCUCCACCCCAUCAAACACCUUUAGGAUGAAUUGGAACGGCAACUGUGAGCCAGGCCUAAUCGCCCAACAUCAGUGCCCGACCUCUCUAAUGCUCUUGUGGCUGAAUAGAAGCAGGUUUCCACAGCAAUGUUCCAACAUCUAGUGAAAAGCCUUCCCAGAAGAGUUGGGGGCUGUUAUAGCAGCAAAGGGGGGGACCAACUCCAUAUUAAUGCCCAUGAUUUUAGAAUGAGAUGUUGGAUGAGCAGGUGUCCAUAUACUUUUGGUCAUGUAGUGUAUUUCUAUAUUUCAUUGUCAGUAAAUGUGCUACAAUUUCUAAAUAUGUUUUCACUUUGUCAUUAUGGGGUAUUGUGUGUAGAUGGGUGAGAAUAAAAUCUAUUCAAUCCAUUUGGAAUUCAGGCUGUAACACAACAAAAUGUGGAAUAAGUGAAGGGGUAGGAAUGCUUUCUGAAGGCAUUGUAUGUACAAAAAAGUUAAGAUCAAUUUAGAAAAAACACACAAAAUAGCAAAACACGUUUUAUCCACUGCCGCGGCAAUAAGAAUAAAAAAGAUGAAUGUAUUGACAGAAGAUUAAACUUGUGAUCCUUUUUUCUUGGGGUGGUCAGGUUUGCGAACAGUCUGCCCAUCAACGACCCUCUGCAGACAGUGUACCAACUGAUGUCUGGGAGGAUGCCCGCCUCAGCUACUGUGAGUAUGACCCUGUGGUACCUUUUCGAAUUUGAUAACAAAAGUAUUUAAUUGUUUUAUUUAAUUUAUUAAAUUAGUUAUUCAUUUAAACAGGAAUUAACAUUUUAAAGGCCCAGUGCAGUCAACAACAAGAUUUGUGUUUAAUAUAUAUUUCCACACUAAAAGGUUGGAAUAAUACUGUGAAAUUGGGAAAAUUAUGACAAUGCCCUUUUAGUGUAAUAGCUUUUUGAAAAGAUCGCCUGAAAGUUAAUUCUGUUUUGGUGCGAUGGAGUUUUGGCUUGCCUGGUGACAUUACCAGGUGGUAAAUUAGUUAAUAGACCAAUAAUAAAGAAUUCCAAACCUCUCUGCCAAUAAAUUUGUUUUCAGUUUUCCCCUCCCCACUCAGACAGUCCUAGCAACAUUGUUGCAUGAGAAAUGACUCUUUGCUAACCUAAUUUUUGUUUCUUUUUGACCAUUUUAACCGAAACAAUCAUAGUAAGGUACUUAAUUGUUACCCAGGAAUUAUAUGAUAUUGAGAUAAAAACGGCUGCAUUGGACCUUUAACAUUAAAUGUUUAAAAUUAAAAUGUUCUUGUGGCUUAAUGAACACUUAAUGUAAUAAAAAAGUGAUCUUUCAGCAAUGCGAAAUUAAAGUUGGCUGUUCAAUACUGAACUGCACUGAUUGAAGGACGGAUCAAAAGAGUUCCGUUGGGGUCAGCAGUAUACUGUAAAAGUUACAUAAGAGUGUCUCUGCAGUGCUGUGGGGAUGAGAAGUGGGGCGACUGGCGCCCCCAUCUGGCCAUGGUGCUGUCCAACCUGACCCACACUUUGGACCUGGACACACGCACCAUCACCACCAUGGGAGACACUCUGGGUGAGACAUCUAAGGUCACGUUUGUGGGCCAGAAGUUUUCCCUGACCAUGUAACCUAACCAUAGUUUUCUUGGUCAGGUCAUAUGUGGUGAGGAGAAACUCUGCUCCCUAAUCACGUUACAUGCAUAGGAUGUAUGGAGGAUGUAUGUUGCUGUACUCUUGUGCCCUGACAAGUGACAAUGCCAUCUAAAUGUUCCCUAUCAUGAAUUUAAGAUUUAUCAUCAUAAUAGUUUGUCAUCAACCAUGAUCAGCAUCAUCAUGUGAAUUAUGAUGGUUAUUAGGGCUGGGAAUUGCUUGGGACCUCAGAAUAUGAUAUGAUCACUAUACUUAGGUGCCGGUACGAUAUGUAUCGCGAUUCUCACGGUUCUAUAUGUAUUGCGAUUCAGUGGUGGUCAGUGCCAUUUUAAGCUUAGGGAGGGUGAUUAUUUAUUCAUUUUAUAAGCAUGGCCUUAUUUCUAUUACAGCAUAAUUUCGAUGACUAUCAUUCUUAUUCCAUUCACCCAGCUUAAUGUAACAUCGAUAGGUUUAGGCUACUACAUGAUACUUGAAUUUGCCCUAUACCCAUCAUGAGGUUGCUACAACCUAGCCUACAAAUUAAAGUUUAUAACACAGGUCGAGAUGUGAGAAUGCUGUUUAUUGACUACAGCUCAGCGUUCAACACCAUAGUGCCCACAAAGCUCAUCACUAAGCUAAGGACCCUGGGACUAAACACCUCCCUCUGCAACUGGAUCCUGGACUUCCUGAUGGGCCACCCCCAGGUGGUAAGUGUAUGCAACAACACAUCUGCAACGCUAAUCUUCAACACGGGGGCCCCUCAGGGGUGCGUGCUUAGUCCCCUCAUGUACUCCCUGUUCACCCUUGACUGCGUGGCCAAACAUGACUCCAACACCAUCAAGUUUGCUGAUGGUACAACAGUGGUAGGCCUGAUCACCGACAACAAUGAGACAGCCUAUAGGGAGGUCAGAGACCUGGCAGUGUGGUGCAAGGACAACAACCUCUCCCUCAACGUGAGCAAGACACAGGAGGUGAUCGUGGACUACAGGAAAAGGAGGGCCGAACACGCCCCCAUUCACUGGGCUGUAGUGGAGCGGGUCGAGAGUUUCAAGUUCCUUGGUGUCCACAUGUCUGACGUCAUCAGAGUGCGCAGCUGAACACUGUAUGCUGGAAACACUAGGUUUGUUAUUUUAACUAAAACAUAACCAAUCUUUGUUAAACAUAAAUACCGAAUGUGUUUUUGCCUGGAUUCCGCAUUGCGGUUAGCUUUUAUCAACUAGGACCAUUAUCUCUUGACCCGGAAUCCCGCUUAACUGACAGAUUAAAGUCUCCUUGAAAAAGCCGCUAGCAUAGCUAAGCUGCUAGCCAUCAAGAGACCGGUUGAAGCCUGCUUAACAGAGACGCUAAGCUGCUAGCCAUCAAGCUAACGAAGUUGGUACCAGAUGAGUUUUGCAAUGGAGCCCUCUUUGUCUGGAGAACUAAAUGAAUGGUUCCAGUGCUGUAGGAGCUGUAUCUAUUACGCUUUGUUUCGGGACAAACCGGAUCACUCAGAGUUCCAAUGUGGCAAUUGUUUACUUGCCGAGGAUUAUAGGCUUGAGGUGGCUUCCUUGAUCACGCAGGUCGCCAGCCUACGUAAGAAACUGGGGAAAACGCAGAGUGGAAUGUUUACAUUUUCUACGCCGGUGGCUGGACGGCGUUCGCACUUGUUGGAUGCAUCUCCGCCUUGUCGUUUGUCAUUAUCCGACUGGCCGGUGUUGCCCUGAGCUCCCCCAUCUGAUAGCGCCGUCGAAAGAGCACAGCAUGAGGAGAAAGGCAAUCAACGAUGGUUGCAUGUCACGAGCCGUGGAAGCCGAAGACAGCGACCUCCCGCAAAGCAGUCUACACUCCCAACGAGAGGCCCGGAGCGGAUAAAAACAACAAAUAGUUUCGCCGUCCUGGAGCCUGAUCUUCCUGCACCUUCGUCACUCUGGGUGCCUGUGUCUGCGCCGCAGUGCCUACUACUACGAUGUCGACGUCUGCAACCUUCCGUCCCUGCUCUGGAUCGAGCGGGGCUUCUCCAUCUGUCAGAGGCCUGCAUCCUGUGAAGAGUGGGCAUAUUUCGUCGUCCUUCUCGCCAGCCGUGAUUUUGGGCAGCUCCAUGGUAAGAAACGUGACCGUUCCUGUUGCAAAAACAAUGUCCUCUCCCAGAGCUCGAGUAAAUUACAUUACUAAGCUGCUCCCGAAUGUACUUUGUCAGGACAUGGAAAUCAAUUCUAACGUAGUCCAUGUUGGUUUUAAUGACAUUAUGAAGGGCAGCUCUGAACAGUUGAAACUGGAUUUUAAGGAGCUGAUUGACUCUCUGCUAGACACUAACAAAAAACCCAUCAUAUCUGGCCCUGUGCCCUCUCUGAAUUGUGGCAUUGAACGCUUUAGCAGGAUUCUUGCUCUUCACAACUGGCUACGUGAUUAUUGCAGCUCAAUGGGUGUAACUUUUGUUGACAAUUUUGAUACCUUUUGGAAACAAAACACGUUUUAUAAGGAGGAUGGGAUCCAUACAAAUCAUUUGGGUUCCUGGAUCCUUUCACAGCAUUAUAAGACUGCGUUCAGCUCAGCUAAUCCCUACCAUUGUGACGCAGAGUUGUCAAAAUGCUUCAGCAAAUAUACAUUACAUCAGGGGCAUCAGUAGUCACAAUAUAAGUAACUGCCCUGAAUGCCACCGCUGAUCCUACAGCUAUUGUGUGCAGUAAUCAUGUGCCUAAGAACCAGAUGUAUACUGUUAGAACUGAGCCGGUGUGCCCGAGCAGGCAGUCCACUGUAUGCAGCUCACCGUGCACUAACAUAAAGAACAUGAGCACAUCUACUGCUACUAAGCUUCCCAGUUAAUUAAUAAAAACAAGUAAGCAUCCCAGAAGAAAAGUGCUCAAAAUAGCCCACGUUAACAUAUGUAGCUUAAGAAACAAGGUUCAUGAAAUCAAUAAUUUCCUAGUAACAGAUGACAUUCAUAUUCUGACUAUCUCUGAAACUCACUUAGAUAAAAGCUUUGAUGAUACAGUGGUAGCAAUACAAGGUUAUAACAUUUACUGAAAAGAUGGAAAUGCCAAUGGUGGAGGUGUUGCUGUUUAUAUUCAGAACCACAUUCCUGUGAAGAUUAGAGAGGAUCUCAUGUUAAAUACUGUUGAAGUAAUAUGGCUACAGGUUCAUUUGCCUCACCUAAAGCCAAUUCUGGUGGGAAGCUGCUAUAGACCACCAAGUGCUAACAGUCAGUAUCUGAAUAACAUGUGUGAAAUGCUUGAUAAUGUAUGUGAUAUCAAUAGAGAGGUAUACUUUCUGGGUGAUUUUAAAGAUUGACUGGCUUUCAUCAGGCUGCCCACUCGAGAAAGCUUCAAACUGUAACCAGUGCCUGCAACCUGGUUCAGGUUAUCAGUCAACCUACCAGGGUGGUUACAAACAGUACAUCAAUUACAUCGUCAGCAUGUAUUGAUCAUAUUUGUUUGAAAGCAGUAUCCAAAUCCAUUGGAUGUAGUGAUCACAAUAUAGUAGCCAUAUCUAGGAAAACAAAAGUUCAAAAAGCUGGGCCUAAUAUUGUGUAUAAGAGGUCAUACAAUACGUUUUGUAGUGAUUCCUAUGUUGAUGUAAAGAAUAUAUGUUGGUCCAUGGUGUGUAAUGAGGAGCAAACAGACACUGCACUUGACACAUUUAUGAAAUUGCUUAUUCCAGUUACUAAUAAGCAUGCACCCAUUAAGAAAAUGACUGUAAAACUAUUUUAAUCCCCUUGGAUUGAUGAGGAAUUGAAAAUUGUAUGGUUGAGAGGGAUGAGGCAAAAGGAAUGGCAAAUAAGUUUGGCUGCACAACCAUUUGGCAAACGUAUUGCAAAUUGAGAAAUCAUGUGACUAAACUGAAUAAAAAGAAGAAACUACACUAUGAAACAAGGAUAAAUGACAAAAAAAUGAUAGUAAAAAGCUUUGAGCACCUUAAAUGAAAAUUUGGGAAAGAAGGCAAACUCGGCUCCAUCAUUCAUUGAAUCAUAUGGCUCAUUCAUCACAAAACUGAUAUUGCCAACUACUUUAAUAAUUUUUUCAUUGGUAAGAUUAGCAAACUUAAGUAUGACAUGCCAGCAACAAUUGCUGACACUAGACAUCCAAGUAUAUCUGACCAAAUUAUGAAAGCAAGCACUGUAAUUUUGAAUUCUGUAAAGUGAGUGUGGAAGAGGUGAACAAAUGUAUUGUUGUCUAUUAACAAUGACAAGCCACCGGGGUCUGACAACUUGGAUGGGAAAUUGCUGAGAAUAAUAGCGGACGAUAUUCCCACUCCUAUUUGCCAUAUUUUCAAUUUAAGCCUACUAGAAUGUGUGUGCCCCCAGGCUUGGAGGGAAGCAAAUGUAAUUCCAUUACCUAAGAAUAGUAAAGCCCCCUUUAGUGGCUCAAACAGCUGACCAAUUAGCCUGUUACCAUCCCUUAGUAAACUAUUGGAAAAAUGGUGUUUGACCAGAUACAAUGCUAUUUUACAGUAAAAAAAUUAACAACAAACUUUCAGCAUGCUUAUAGAGAAGGAUAUUCUACAAGCACAGCACUUACACAACUGACUGAUGAUUGGCUAAGAGAAUUUGAUGAUAAAAUGAUUGUGGGGGCUGUUUUGUAGACUUCAGUGCACCCCCUGCCAUAAUGUGGAUAAAGAGUUACUUUUCUAACAGAACACAGAGGGUGUUCUUUAAUGGAAGCCGCUCAAACAUAAUCCAGGUAGAAUCAGGAAUUCCCCAAGGCAGCUGUCUAUGCCCCUUGCUUUUUUCCAUCUUUACUAAUGACAUGUCCCUGGCUUUGAGUAAAGCCAUUGUGUCUAUGUAUGCGGAUGACUCAACACUAUACAGGUCAGCUACUACAGCAACUGAAAUAACUGCAACACUCAACAAAGAGUUGGAAUGGGUGGCAAGGAAUAAAUGAAUCCUGAAUAUUUCCAAAACUAAAAGCAUUGUAUUUGGGUCAAAACAUUCACUAAACCCUAAACCUCAACUACAUCUCGUAAUGAAUCAUGUGGAAAUUGAGCAAGUUGAGGUGACUAAACUGCUUGGAGUAACCCUGGAUUGUAGACUGACACGGUCAAAGCAUAUUGAUAGAUGGGGAGGAGUAUGUCCAUAAUUAAGCGCUGCUCUGCCGCCUUAACAACACUAUCAACAAGGCAGGUCCUAUAGGUCGUAGUUUUGUCGCACCUAGACUACUGUUCAGUAGUGUGGUCAGGUGCCACAAAGAGGGAGUUGGGAACAUUGCAGUUGGCUCAGAACAGUGCAGCACGGCUGGCCCUUAAAAGUACACAGAGAGCUAACAUUAAUGACAUUCAUGCAAAUCUCUCAUGGCUCAAAGUGGAAGAGAGAUUGACUUCAUCACUGCUUGUUUUUGUGAGAGGUGUCGACGAGCUGAAUGUACCGAGCUGUCUGUCUGGAAUACUGGCACACAGCUCGGACACCCAUGCAUACCCCACAAGACAUGCCACCAGAGGUCUCUUCACAGUCCCCAAGUCCAGAACGGACUAUGGGAGGCGCACAGUACUACAUAGAGCCAUGACUACAUGGAACUCUAUUCCACAUCAGGUAACUGAUGCAAGCAGUAGAAUCAGAUUUUUAAAAAACAGGUAGAAAUACACCUUGUGGAACAGCGGGGACUGUGACGAGACACACACAGGCACAUACACACAUACAUAUAGACACUCACUCUACACCCACGUACACAUGGAUGUUGUAUUGUAAAUAUGUGAUAGUGGAGUAGUGGCCUAAGGGAACACACUAAAUGUAUUGUGUAAAGUGUUAUGAAAUAUAAUGUCAUGUAAUAUUCUAAAUUGUAUAUAACUGCCUUAAUGUUGCAGGACCCCAGGAAUGGGGAUCCUUAAUAAAUACAAAUACAAAUCACCAACAAACUAUCAUUGUCCAAACACACCAAGACAGUCGUGAAGUGGGCAUGACAACACCUUUUAACCCCUCAUGAGACUGAAAAGAUUUGGCAUGGGUCCCCAGAUCCUCAAACAGUUAUACAGCUGCACCAUCGAGAGCAUCCUGACCGGUUGCAUCACCGCCUGGUAUGGCAACUGCUUGGCAUCCGACCAUAAGGCUCUGCAAAGGGUAGUGCGUACGGCCCAGUACAUCACUGGGGCUAAGCUUCCUGCCAUCCAGCACCUACAGUGGGGAGAACAAGUAUUUGAUACACUGCCGAUUUUGAAGGUUUUCCUACUUACAAAGCAUGUAGAGGUCUGUAAUUUUUCUAAAACAAAAAUCCAGAAAAUCACAUUGUAUGAUUUUUUAAGUAAUUAAUUUGCAUUUUAUUGCAUGACAUAAGUAUUUGAUCACCUACCAACCAGUAAGAAUUCCGGCUCUCACAGACCUGUUAGUUUUUCUUUAAGAAGGUUCUCCACUCAUUACCUGUAUUAACUGCACCUGUUUGAACUCGUUACCUAUAUAAAAGACACCUGUCCACACACUCAAUCAAACAGACUCCAACCUCUCCACAAUGGCCAAGACCAGAGAGCUGUGUAAGGACAUCAGGGAUAAAAUUGUAGACGUGCACAAGACUGGGAUGGGCUACAGGACAAUAGGCAAGCAGCUUGGUGAGAAGGCAACAACUGUUGGCGCAAUUAUUAGAAAAUGGAAGAAGUUCAAGAUGACGGUCAAUCACCCUCGGUCUCGGGCUCCAUGCAAGAUCUCACCUCGUGGGGCAUCAAUGAUCAUAAGGAAGGUGAGGGAUCAGCCCAGAACUACACGGCAGGACCUGGUCAAUGACCUGAAGAGAGCUGGGAACACAGUCUCAAAGAAAACCAUUAGUAACACACUACGCCGUCAUGGAUUAAAAUCCUGCAGCGCACGCAAGGUCCCCCUGCUCAAGCCAGCGCAUGUCCAGGCCCGUCUGAAGUUUGCCAAUGACCAUCUGGAUGAUCCAAAGGAGGAAUGGGAGAAGGUCAUGUGGUCUGAUGAGACAAAAAUAUAGCUUUUUGGUCUAAACUCCACUCGCCGUGUUUGGAGGAAGAAGAAGGAUGAGUACAACCCCAAGAACACCAUCCCAACCGUGAAGCAUGGAGGUGGAAACAUCAUUCUUCGGGGAUGCUUUUCUGCAAAGGGGACAGGACGACUGCACCGUAUUGAGGGGAAGAUGGAUGGGGCCAUGUAUCGCGAGAUCUUGGCCAACAACCUCCUUCUCUCAGUAAGAGCAUUGAAGAUGGGUCGUGGCUGGGUCUUCCAGCAUGACAACGACCCGAAACACACAGCCAGGGCAACUAAGGAGUGGCUCAAGGUUCUGGAGUGGCCUAGUCAGUCUCCAGACCUGAACCCAAUAGAAAAUCUUUGGAGGGAGCUGAAAGUCCGUAUUGCCCAGCGAGAGCCCAGAAACCUGAAGGAUCUGGAGAAGGUCUGUAUGGAGGAGUGGACCAAAAUCCCUGCUGCAGUGUGUGCAAACCUGGUCAAGACCUACAGGAAACGUAUGAUCUCUGUAAUUGCAAACAAAGGUUUCUGUACCAAAUAUUAAGUUCUGCUUUUCUGAUGUAUCAAAUACUUAUGUCAUGCAAUAAAAUGCAAAUUAAUUACUUAAAAAUCAUACAAUGUGAUUUUCUGGAUUUUUGUUUUAGAUUCCGUCUCUCACAGUUGAAGUGUACCUAUGAUAAAAAUUACAGACCUCUACAUGCUUUGUAAGUAGGAAAACCUGCAAAGUCGGCAGUGUAUCAAAUACUAGUUCUCCCCACUGUAUAUACUAUGCGGUGUCAGAGGAAAGCCCAAUAAAUUGUCAAAGACUCCAGUCACCCUAGUCAUAGACUGUUCUCUGCUACCGAACAGCAAGCGGUACCGGAGCGCCAAGUCUAGGUCCAAAAGGCUCCUUAACAGCUUCUAACCCCGAGCCAGAAGACUGCUGAACAAUUAAUCAAAUGGCCACCUAGACUAUUUACACUGCUGCUACUCACUGUUUAUUAUCUAUGCAUAGUCACUUUACCCCUACCUACAUGUACAAAUUACCUCGACUAACCUGUACCCCCGCACAUUGACCCGGUACCGGUACCCCCUGUAUAUAGCCUCGUUAUAGUAUAGUAAAUAUUUUCUUAACUAUUUCUUGAACUGCAUUUUUGGUUAAGGGCUUGUAAGGAAGCAUUUCAUGGUAAUGUCUACAUCUGUUGUAUUCGGCGCAUGUGACAAAUAAAAUAUUUUGAUUUGAGAGAUAUUGGAGUAAUCAAGGACAGUAACACAUUCAAUAUUGCCUUGCACCCUCUUGCCUGCAUCUAGCUGACCUAGGGUGUAAUCAUUAGUCCAAACAGUUGCAAAAACAUUCAGUUUUUCAACUAAAACAAGAGUUUCUAUUGGACAAAUUCAGGUAGAUCCCUCCCCGUUUCAUUCCGUUUGCUUCCUUUUAAGAAAAGUUUUGCAACAGAAUCGGCUAAAUGAAUACACCGCCGAUCAUAGCAGCCACAAAACAGCAUUACCACUUUGCUUGUUGUAUAAUUCCUUUUCGCAUCUACGCGCUCUCCUCCUCUCCUCUUGUCACCAUUUUAAUGUUAUAGUCAACAAACUGGAACUAGUUAGUAAAUCUACAAUCCAAUCCAUGUGUACAAUCACGCAGUACAGUGGACAGCAAGCAGUUUAACAGGUACACCGGCAGACAGAGGUGGGACCAAGUCACUCACUAUUAUUAGAGUCACAAGCAAGUCACAAGGUCCGAGUCCCAAGUAGAACAGGUCAAGACUUUAAUUUUUUGUUUUGUUUUUUUAUUGUUAUUUUUGUAUAGAUUUUUUGUAGGGGGUAGAUUAGCUUGAAUAUUGCAGUUAGAUUGUAACUUCCAUCAAUGUAAUUGUCUGCGUCACUUCCAAUCCCCCAUAUACAGUCUGGUCCAUAAAUAUUUGGACAUUGAUCAAGUUAUUAUUAUUUUAGCUGGCAGACUUUAAGCUUUAAUUUGAGGGUAUUUACAUCCAAAUCGGGUGAACGGUGUAUGAAUUACAGCACUUUUUAUUUUUGGUCCCCCCCCCCCCCUUUUAAGGGACCAAAAGUAAUUGGACACUUGGCUGCUCAGCUGUUCCAUGGCCAUGUGUGUUAUUCCCUCAUUAGUUCAUUUACAAGUAAGCAGAUAAAAGGUCUAGAGUUGAUUUGAAGUGUGGCAUUUUCAGUUUGAAUCUUUUGCGGUUAACCCUCAAUAUGAAGUCCAAAGAGCUGUCACUACUAGUGAACAAGCCAUCAUUAGUCUGAAAAAUCAAAACAAACCCAUCAGAGAGAUAGCAAAAACAUUAGGUGUAGCCAAAUCAACUAUUUGGUACAUUCUUAAAAAGAAAGAACGCACUGGUGAGCUCAGGAACACCAAAAGGCCCGGAAGACCACGGAAAACAACUGUGGUGGAUGACAGAAUAAUUAUUUCCCUGGUGAAGAAAAACCCCUUCACAACAGUUGGCCAAAUCAAGAACACCCUCCAGGAGGUAGGUGUAUCUGUGUCAAAGUCAACAAUCAAGAGAAGACUUCACCAGAGUAAAUACAGAGGGUUUACAACAAGAGGUAAGCCUCAAAAAUAGGAAGACCAGAUUAGAGUUUGCCAAAAAACAUCUAAAAAAAGCCUGUACAGUUCUGGAACAACAUCCUAUGGACAGAUGAGACAAAGAUCAACUUGUACCAGAAUGAUGGGAAGAGAAGAGUAUGGAGAAGGGAAGAAACCGCUCACAAUCCGAAGCAUACCACAUCAUCUGUGAAGCAUGGUGGAGGUAGUGUUAUGGUGUGGGCAUGUAUGGCUGCCAAUGGAACGGGUUCCCUUGUAUUUAUUGAUGUGACUGCUGACAAAAGUGGUCCUCUGUAGCUCAGCUGGUAGAGCACGGCGCUUGUAACGCCAAGGUAGUGGGUUCGAUCCCCGGGACCACCCAUACACAAAAAAUAAUAAUAUAUGCACGCAUGACUGUAAGUCGCUUUGGAUAAAAGCGUCUGCUAAAUGGCGUAUUAUUAUUUAUUAUUAAAAGCGGCAGGAUGAAUUCUAAAGUGUUCAGGGCUAUAUUAUCUGCUCAGAUUCAGCCAAAUGCUUAAAAAGUAGUUGGACGGCGCUUCAUAGCGCAGAUGGACAAUGACCCGAAGCAUACUGCGAAAGCAACCCAAUACUUUUUUAAGGCAAAGAAGUGGAAUGCUCUGCAAUUGCCAAGUCAAUCCCCUGAGCUGAAUCAAAUUGAGCAUGCAUUUCAAUUGAUGAGGGCAAAACUGAAGGCAAAACGCCCCAAGAACAAGCAGGAACUGAAGACAGCUGCAGUAAAGGCCUGGCAGAGCAUCACCAGGGAAGAAACCCAGCAUCUGGUGAUGUCUAUGGGUUCCAGACUUCAGGCAGUCAUUGACUGCAAAGUAUUUGCAACCAAGUAUUAAAACUCACAAUUUAAUUUGUGAUUAUGUUAGUUUGUCCAAUUACUUUUGAGCCCCUAAAAUUGGGGGGCUAUGUAUAAAAAUAGUUGUAAAUCCUACACGGUUCAUACAAUAAUUUUGACAAAACCCUUAAAUUAAAGAUGAAAGUCUACACUUCAAGCACAUCUUGAUUGUUUCCUUUCAAAUCCAUUGUGGUGGCGAAAAGAGCCAAAAUGAUGCAAAUUGUGUCGCUGUCCAAAUACUUAUGGACCUGACUGUAUAUACAUAUACAUACAUACGUAUAUAUACAUAUCCUUUAAAAAAAUAUAUUCUCCUUUAUUACUUUCUAACCCUACCACCCCUCCCCUAAUUGGAGUCAACUAGUGAACAACAACGCUGAGGCCUCUACUUCCAGCUUAUAAACUCAGCAAAAAAAGAAACGUCCUCUCACUGUCAACUGCGUUUAUUUUCAGCAAACUUAACAUGUGUAAAUAUUUGUAUGAACAUAACAAGAUUCAACAACUGAGAGACAAACUGAACAAGUUGCACAGAUAUGUGACUAACAUAAAUGAAAUGUGUCCCUGAACAAAGGGGGGGUCAAAAUCAGAAGUAACAGUCAGUAUCUGGUGUGGCCACCAGCUGCAUUAAGUACUGCAGUGCAUUUCCUCCCCAUGGACUGCACCAGAUUUGCCAGAUCUUGCUGUGAGAUGUUACCCCACUCUUCCACCAAGGCACCUGCAAGUUCCCGGACAUUUCUGGGGUGAAUGGCCUAGCCCUCACCCUCCGAUCCAACAGGUCCCAGACGUGCUCAAUAGGAUUGAGAUCCGGGCUCUUCGCUGGCCAUGGCAGAACACUGACAUUCCUGUCUUGCAGGAAAUCACGCACAGAACAAGCAGUAUGGCUGGUGGCAUUGUCAUGCAUGUCAGGAUGAGCUUGCAGGAAGGGUACCACAUGAGGGAGGAGGAUGUCUUCCCUGUAACGCACAGUGUUGAGAUUGCCUGCAAUUACAACAAGCUCAGUCCGAUGAUGCUGUGACACACCGCCCCAGACCAUGACGGACCCUCCACCUCCAAAUUGAUCCCGCUCAAGAGUACAGGCUUCGGUGUAACGCUCAUUCCUUCGACGAUAAACGUGAAUCCAACCAGCACCCCUGGUGAGACAAAACCGCGACUUGUCAGUGAAGAGCACUUUUUGCCAGUCCUGUCUGGUCCAGCGACGUUGGGUUUGUGCCCGUAGGCGACGUUAUUGCAGGUGAUGUCUGGUGAGGACCAGCCUUACAACAGGCCUACAAGCCCUCAGUCCAGCCUCUCUCAGCCUAUUGCAGACAGUCUGAGCACUGAUGGAGGGAUUGUGCGUUCCUGGUGUAACUCGGGCAGUUGUUGCCAUCCUGUACCUGUCCCGCAGGUGUGAUGUUCAGAUGUACUGAUCCUGUGCAGGUGUUGUUACACGUGGUCUGCCACUGCGAGAACGAUCAGCUGUCCGUCCACAUCUGCAGUCCUCCUUGCAGCAUGCCUAAGGCACAUUCACGCAGAUGAGCAGGGACCCUGGGCAUCUUUCUUUUGGUGUUUUUCAGAGUCAGUAGAAAGGCCUCUUUAGUGUCCUAAGUUUUCAUAACUGUGACCUUAAUUGCCUACCGUCUGUAAGCUGUUAGUGUCUUAACGACCGUUCCAUAGGUGCAUGUUCAUUAAUUGUUUAUGGAGCAUGGGAAACAGUGUUUAAACCCUUUACAAUGAAGAUCUGUGAAGUUAUUUGGAUUUUUAUGAAUUAUCUUUGAAAGACAGGGUCCUGAAAAAGGGACGUUUCUGUUUUUGCUGAGUUUACACACUAUAUACACUACCAGUCAAAAGUUUGGACACAACUACUCAUUCAAGGGUUUUUCUUUAUUUUUUACAAUUAUUUACAUUGUAGAAUAAUAGUGAAGACAUCAAAACUAUGAAAUAACAUGUAUGGAAUCAUGUAGUAACCCAAGAAGUGUUAAACAAAUCAAAAUAUAUAAUUUAUAUUUGAGAUUCUUCAAAUAGCCACCCUUUGCCUUGAUGACAGCUUUGCACACUCUUGGCAUUCUCUCAACUAGCUUCAACUGGAAUGCUUUUCCAACAGUCUUGAAGGAGUUCCCACAUAUGCUGAGCAUUAAUCAGACUUAAUGAUUAUUCAUGAUAUUUCAACACCAUGCAUACAUGGAACAAUAAUUUUGUCUUAUUCAACGUUCUGACUCCAAAGCGUGGAGUGCAGGCCACGUAUCCUAUUUCAAUGUGCACUGGGUCGCGCGCCCUCCUAUUACGCGCAACAAAAAUGAUCAAGACAUACAUUGCAUUCGGAAAGUAUUCAGACCCCUUCACUUUAUCCACAUUUUGUUACGUUACAGCCUUAUACUGAAAUUGAUUAAAUAAAUGUUUUCCCUCAUCAAUCUACACACAAUACAAUGCAAAACAGGUUUUUAGACAUCUUUGCAAAAAACAGAACUACCUUAUUUACAUAAGUAUUCAGACCCUUUGCUAUGAGACUGAUGAAACACUACCAAUUAUUGUAGUAUUAGAUGGAAUAUAGAUUUUACCACAUAGGGCCUAUGCAUUUAAACGUGUGAAUACAACAGCAAACAUUUCAACAAGAGAAAAAAAGCACCCUCCACUGGCGGGCGCAAGUGAAGAGCCGCGCCUAUGUUGCAUCUUCGCCACAGUAAAAAUUCAUUUUAACAACAAAUUCCAAAUACAAGCUUCAUAAUUAAAUUGAUCAAUUUCAAACAAUUGUUACAAACCAAAAGAACAGUAGGCCUAUGCUAGUAAUUGUUGCCCCAUUGCUGGUGACCUUGCAAAGUAAACGGUUAAUAUUCUUGAUCACCAAACUAUUUUUGGAGCUGCAUAUUUAUUAUGGCAAUCCUCUCUCCCUACAAUUUGACGUUUGCGCUGCACCUGAUCCUAUAGCUGUACAGCAAACAAAUCAGUUCGUCAACUUUCUGCCCUGCUAGAGCUUCCCCGAUCAACUGUAAGUGCUGUUAUUGUGAAGUGGAAAUGUCUUGGAGCAAAAACGGCUCAGCCGCGAAGUGGUAGGUCACAAAACUCACAGACAGGGAUCGCCGAGUGCUGAAGCUUUGUAAAAAUUGUCUGUCCUCAGUUGCAACACUCACUGCCGAGUUUAAAACUGCCUCUGGAAGCAACGUCAGCACAAGAACUGUUCGUCGGGAGCUUCAAGAAAUGGGUUUCCAUGGUCGAGCAGCCGCACACAAGCAUAAGAUCACCAUGCGUAUUGCCAAGCGUCGGCUGGAGUGGUGUAAAGCUCGCUGCCAUUGGACUCUGGAGCAGUGGAAACGCGUUCUCUGGAGUGAUAAGUCACGCUUCACCAUCUUGCAGUCCGAAGGACAAAUCUGGGUUUGGCGAACACUACCUGCCCAAUGCAUAGUGCCAACUGUAAAGGAGGAGGAAUACUGGUUCGGGGUAGGUCCCUUAGUUCUAGUGAAGGGAAAUCUUAACGCUACAGCGUACAAUUACAUUCUAUACGAUUCUGUGCUUCGAACUUGGUGGCAACAGUUUGGGGAAGGCCCUUUCCUGUUUCAGCAUGACAAUGCCCCUGUGUACAAAGGGAGGUCUAACCCCAUCGAACAAAUUUGGGAUGAAUUGGAACGCUGACUGUGAGCCAGGCCUAAUCGCCCAUCAGUGCCAAACCUCACUAAUGCUCUUGUGGCUGAAUGGAAGCAAGUCCCCGCAGCAAUGUUCCAGUGGAAAGCCUUCCCAGAGGAGUGGAGGCUGUUAUAGCAGGAAAUGAGCGACCAACUCCAUGAUUUUGGAAUGAGAUGUUCGACGAGCAGCUGUCCACAUACUUUUGGUAAUGUAGUGAAAAUCUAAGAGCGAUAACUUUUUAUGUUUCACUUUUUAUUUAUCUUAAAUUCACUGACUAGGAUGGUCCUCUUCUGAGGAGCCUCCAUUGUUGCCAUUUGGUAUUGUGAUUUUGUGAAUUGAUGUUCCAAACAUAUUGCUCACUAUUUGUCUGCUGCAGAGACAAGAGAGCCAUAAUACAACAAGUUUUGAUCAGUCAUGGAAAUAAAAGUGCUGAAAACAUAUUGGCUCGCUAUAUAAAAUAAAAAAAAGAUGGAGAACAAGCUAUAGGAUGAAAAAUACAGGCGUUUUGGCGCAAGUACAGCUGACAAAUCGAUACUUGGAGUCAAAGUAUCUGUAUAAUAUUGGUCAAAAUAAUAUUGCGAUAUGUAACUAUCGUUUCUUUCCCACCCAUCACUAAUCGUUAUGAUGUUCAUGUUGAUGACAAACUACAGUGGGGAGAACAAGUAUUUGAUACACUGCCGAUCUUGCAGGUUUUCCUACUUACAAAGCAUGUAGAGGUCUGUAAUUUUUAUCAUAGGUACACUUCAACUGUGAGAGACAGAAUCUAAAACAAAAAUUCAGAAAAUCACAUUGUAUGAUUUUUAAGUAAUUAAUUUGCAUUUUAUUGCAUGACAUAAGUAUUUGAUCACCUACCAACCAGUAAGAAUUCCGGCUCUCACAGACCUGUUAGUUUUUCUUUAAGAAGCCCUCCUAUUCUCCACUCAUUACCUGUAUUAACUGCACCUGUUUGAACUCGUUACCUGUAUAAAAGACACCUGUACAAACACUCAAUCAAACAGACUCCAACCUCUCCACAAUAGCCAAGACCAGAGAGCUGUGUAAGGACAUCAGGGAUAAAAUUGUAGACCUGCACAAGGCUGGGAUGGGCCACAGGAUAAUAGGCAAGCAGCUUGGUGAGAAGGCAACAACUGUUGGCGCAAUUAUUAGAAAAUGGAAGAAGUUCAAGAUGACGGUCAAUCACCCUCGGUCUGGGGCUCCAUGCAAGAUCUCACCUCAUGGGGCAUCAAUGAUCAUGAGGAAGGUGAGGGAUCAGCCCAGAACUACACGGCAGGACCUGGUCAAUGACCUGAAGAGGGCUGGGACCACAGUCUCAAAGAAAACCAUUAGUAACACACUAUGCCGUCAUGGAUUCAAAUCCUGCAGCGCACGCAAGGUCCCCCUGCUCAAGCCAGCGCAUGUCCAGGCCCGUCUGAAGUUUGCCAAUGACCAUCUGGAUGAUCCAGAGGAGGAAUGGGAGAAGGUCAUGUGGUCUGAUGAGACAAAAAUAUAGCCUUUUGGUCUAAACUCCACUCGCUGUGUUUGGAGGAAGAAGAAGGAUGAGUACAACCCCAAUAACACCAUCCCAACCGUGAAGCAUGGAGGUGGAAACAUCAUUCUUUGGGGAUGCUUUUCUGCAAAGGGGACAGGACGACUGCACCGUAUUGAGGGGAGGAUGGAUGGGGCCAUGUAUCGCAAGAUCUUGGCCAACAACCUCCUUCCCUCAGUAAGAGCAUUGAAGAUGGGACGUGGCUGGGUCUUCCAGCAUGACAACGACCCGAAACACACAGCCAGGGCAACUAAGGAGUGGCUCCGUAAGAAGCAUCUCAAGGUCAAGUGGCCUAGCCAGUCUCCAGACCUGAACCCAAUAGAACAUCUUUGAAGGGAGCUGAAAGUCCGUAUUGCCCAGCGACAGCCUCGAAACCUGAAGGAUCUGGAGAAGGUCUGUAUGGAGGAGUGGGCCAAAAUCCCUGCUGCAGUGUGUGCAAACCUGGUAAAGACCUACAGGAAUCGUAUGAUCUCUGUAAUUGCAAACAAAGGUUUCUGUACCAAAUAUUAAGUUCUGCUUUUCUGAUGUAUCAAAUACUUAUGUCAUGCAAUAAAAUGCAAAUUAAUUACUUAAAAAUCAUACAAUGUUAUUUUCUGGAUUUUUGUUUUAGAUUCCGUCUCUCACAGUUGAAGUGUACCUAUACAAAAUCGGCAGUGUAUCAAAUACUUGUUCUCCCCACUGUAUAUAUUAUGAUAAUAAAUGCAAUAUAACUACCUGCUGAAAUCCUGACCGAAAACAAAUACAUUUUUUAUUAGCUAAGUUAGAACAUAGUUGGGAUAUUCAUCAAUUGAGUUGAAUUUGAGGUACAGUCAGGCUCUUUUCAACAGUCGAUUGGUGUGUGUGUGUUACAGCUUCCAAGGGGCUAACCGAUGCGGCCCACUUCUGUUACCUGAUGGCCCAGGUUGGUUUGGGGGUGUUCACCAAGAAGAGCACCAAGAUGGUUCUAAUCGGCUCAAACCACAGGUUAGACAUCUGCUGCUCUGUCCCUUUCUCACUUGUUGGCCGUUGUGGAAAUCUGGCUUCCCUACUACUUACUUAAACUGAGUACUGUGUAGUAAUCAGACUACAUACUACAUAUUGCAUUGAUUCCCGCCAUUCGUUAAUUUUGGUUUUUAAAUACUAUUAAAUACUAUUCUCUUCCUCAAUGGUGGUACAGCAAAUUCUACUAGAUGACUAGCUGAAAUUAGUAUGACAUCCUGGCAUUUAACGCAUACUCAAGUUUUGAAAUGUCACAUACUAUAACAUUAUUUUUUCACAUACCCAAAAUGCCUACUAUUUAGAACGCAAGUACGGGUAUUCGGACACGGGCAGUCAGUCACUCACUCUCACUCUCUCUCACACACACACCUCUCUGCUCUGCUUUCGCUGCCACAUUGUGGACCAUAAACUCACAGGCAUCUUACAUACAAAUAUGAACUUUCAUGCAUAUGGCAUACAAAGGCUUUAAUGAGUUCUCUCUCCUUUCUCUCUCUCUCUCGCUAGUCUGUCGUUCUUCCAGUUUGCGUCUAACGAAGCGAUCCAGAGGACGGAGGCCUAUGAGUAUGCCCAGUCUCUGGGCUCACAGCCCUGCUCCCUGCCCAACUUCCAGGUAAGUACACACACGUAUCCAACAUCUGAACUUGAGAACACACAAUAGAAAUACCUCCUGAAGCUUUCCCCCUAUGAUCUUACAGAAAUUGACUGAAUGGUCAUCUAGAGAUGCUGUAUAGCAUAACAGUAGCCGCAUAGAAAUAGAAUGUCUGUUCUAGUAAUUAUAUUUCUACGAGUAGUGCCGUCUGAUCCCUGUUCUCCGAAUUUAAGUGAAACCCUGAUAUGAAGGCUAAGGACUGAAACACGUUGGUUUUAUCAUUAAAGAAGCAUUUUGAUGAACUUCCACUGCCCUCCAAGAGAUGCUGAAUUUCCUCUUCACUCCUAAUGUAAGUGAAUGUACCCGGCCUCUGUGCGAUUAAAUCAGCUAUCGUGACCUUUGCCCUUUCUUCAUCCUGUCUCCCUCUAGGUGUUCAAGCUGAUCUAUGCGUGUCGCCUGGCCGAGGCCGGCCUGUGUGCUCAGGCCUUCCAUUACUGUGAGGUUAUCUCCAGGAGUGUGCUCAUGCAGCCGUCCUACCACUCUCCUGUGUUCACCAGCCAGCUCAUACAGGUAGAUACACGUGCGCGCACACACACCCACAAACACUCGCUCUCACAACACACACACAAGCGUGCUCUCAACACACACACGUACUCACUCACUCACUUACUCAGACUUGCACACACAUACAAACACACACACUCACUCACUCAUAGAUACACGCAAACAUGCGCUCACACAUCCAUGCGCUCACACACACUCACUUACUCUUACCCAUCUCUUAGGUGUUGAUUGUUGCUAUGUGUGAGAAUUGUGAAUGUCUGAUCUGCUGUUAAUUGUAGAUGUCUGAGAAGAUGCGAUUCUUCGAUCCACAACUGAAGGAGAAGGCAGAUCAGGAGCUCUUCAACGAGCCAGAGUGGCUGAUUAAUCUGAGACAGCUGGAUGGACAGAUGAGGGUGUGUGUGUUUGUUUAUUAAUGUGUAUGAGAAGCCAAUUCAUGUUGUUGUAGGUGUGUCUGUAACUGACUGGGCUGUUCUAUUUUUCCCCAUAGACUGGGGUGAUUGCAUACGAUGCAGACAGGGCUACUCCUCAGCAGUAUGACUGCAGCACCCCCAGUUCUGAGUUAGACCAGGCCAGCCCGCCUGAGCCAUAUGCUCAGCCUCUGGACAUGGAUGGCCACACCUCCGACAACCCUCUGAUGACAUCACUCAUGCCCGGACCGCCUCCGCAAGGGGUGCAGCUGAUGCCUCCAGGUGAGCAACAAGCCUACCUUGUAACACGAUAGGUGUGUGUGUGUGUGUGUUUGAAAGUGUGUGUUUGUUCAUGUACGUUUUAGAUCCUUUUGACUCCUAAUCAAUGUACAUUACACAAGGGGCGUCGGUAGACACAAUAUAAGUAACCUCAUUUAUGUCCCUCUAACUGCCCUGAAUGCCUCUGCUGAUCCUACAGCUAUUGUAUGCAGUAAUCAUGUGCCUAAGAACCAGAUUUAUACUGUUAGCACUGAGCCGGUGUGCCCGAGGAGGAAGUCCACUGUCUGCAGCUCACCCUGCACUAACAUAAAGAACAAAAAAUAUAUAUAUGCACGCAUGACUGUAAGUCGCUUUGGAUAAAAGCGUCUGCUAAAUGGCAUUAUUAUAAUUAUUAUUUUAACAUGAGCACAUCUACUGCUGCUAAGCUUCCCAGUAAAGCAAUAAAAACAAAUAAGCAUCCCAGAAAAGUGCUCAAAAUAGCCCUCGUUAACAUACAGUGGGGAAGAAAAGUAUUUAGUCAGCCACCAAUUGUGCAAGUUCUCCCACUUAAAAAGAUGAGAGAGGCCUGUAAUUUUCAUCAUAGCUACACGUCAACUAUGACAGACAAAUAGAGGAAAGAAAUCCAGAAAAUCACAUUGUAGGAUUUUUUAUGAAUUUAUUUGCAAAUUAUGGUGGAAAAUAAGUAUUUGGUCACCUACAAACAAGCAAGAUUUCUGGCUCUCACAGACCUGUAACUUCUUCUUUAAGAGGCUCCUCUGUCCUCCACUCGUUACCUGUAUUAGUGGCACCUGUUUGAACUUGUUAUCAGUAUAAAAGACACCUGUCCACAACCUCAAACAGUCACACUCCAAACUCCACUAUGACCAAAGAGCUGUCAAAGGACACCAGAAACAAAAUUGUAGACCUGCACCAGGCUGGGAAGACUGAAUCUGCAAUAGGUAAGCAGCUUGGUUUGAAGAAAUCAACUGUGGGAGCAAUUAUUAGGAAAUGGAAGACAUACAAGACCACUGAUAAUCUCCCUCGAUCUGGGGCUCCACGCAAGAUCUCACCCCGUGGUGUCAAAAUGAUCACAAGAACGGUGAGCAAAAAUCCCAGAACCACACGGGGGGACCUAGUGAAUGACCUGCAGAGAGCUGGGACCAAAGUAACAAAGCCACCAUCAGUAACACACUACGCCGCCAGGGACUCAAAUCCUGCAGUGCCGGACGUUGUCCCCCUGCUUAAGCCAGUACAUGUCCAGGCCCGUCUGAAGUUUGCUAGAGUGCAUUUGGAUGAUCCAGAAGAGGAUUGGGAGAAUGUCAUAUGGUCAGAUGAAACCAAAAUAUAACUUUUUGGUAAAAACUCAACUCGUCGUGUUUGGAGGACAAAGAAUGCUGAGUUGCAUCCAAAGAACACCAUACCUACUGUGAAGCAUGGGGGUGGAAACAUCAUGCUUUGGGGCUGUUUUUCUGCAAAGGGACCAGGACGACUGAUCCGUGUAAAGGAAAGAAUGAAUGGGGCCAUGUAUCGUGAGAUUUUGAGUGAAAACCUCCUUCCAUCAGCAAGGGCAUUGAAGAUGAAACGUGGCUGGGUCUUUCAGCAUGACAAUGAUCCCAAACACACCGCCCGGGCAACGAAGGAGUGGCUUCGUAAGAAGCAUUUCAAGGUCCUGGAGUGGCCUAGCCAUUCUCCAGAUCUCAACCCCAUAGAAAAUCUUUGGAGGGAGUUGAAAGUCCGUGUUGCCCAGCGACAUCCCCAAAACAUCACUGCUCUAGAGGAGAUCUGCAUGGAGGAAUGGGCCAAAAUACCAGCAACGGUGUGUGAAAACCUUGUGAAGACUUACAGAAAACGUUUGACCUGUGUCAUUGCCAACAAAGGGUAUAUAACAAAGUAUUGAGAAACUUUUGUUAUUGACCAAAUACUUAUUUUCCACCAUAAUUUGCAAAUAAAUUCAUUAAAAAUCCUACAAUGUGAUUUUCUGGAUUUUUUUUCUCAUUUUGUCUGUCAUAGUUGACGUGUACCUAUGAUGAAAAUUACAACUUGCACAAUUGGUGGCUGACUAAAUACUUUUUUUCCCCACUGUAUGUUGGUCCGUGGUGUAUAAGGAGGAGCAAACAGACACUGCACUUGACACAUUUAGGAAAUUGCAUAUUCCAGUUACUAAUAAGCAUGCAACCAUUAAGAAAAUAACUGUAAAAACUAUUAAAUCCCCGUGGAUUGAUGAGGAAUUGAGAAAUUGUAUGGUUGAGAGGGAUGAGGCAAAAGUAAUGGCAAAAAAAGUCUGGGUGCACAACCGAUUGGCAAACAUAUUGCAAAUUGAGAAAUCAUGUAACUAAACUGAAUAAGAAGAAACUACACUAUGAAAUAAAUAUAAAUGACAGAAAGAAUGAUAGUAAGAAGCUUUGGAGCACCUUAAAUGGAAUUUUGGGAAAAAAGGCAAAUUCAGCUCCAUCAUUCAUUGAAUCAGAUGGCUCAUUCAUCACAAAACCAACUGAUAUUGCCAACUACUUUAAUUAUUUUUUCAUUGGCAAGAUUAGCAAACUUAGGCAUGACAUGCCAGCAACAUUUGCUGACACUACACAUCCAAGUAUAUCUGACCAAAUUAUGAAAGAAAAACGCUGUAAUUUUGAAUUCCAUAAAGUGUGUGUGGAAGAGGUGAAAAAAUUAUUGUUGUCUAUAAACAAUGACAAGCCACUGACAACUUGGAUAGAAAAUUACUGAGGGUAAUAGUGGACGAUGUUGCCAUAAUUUCAAUUUAAGCCUACUAGAAUGUGUGUUCCCCCAGGCUUGGAGGGAAGAAAAAGUAAUUCCGCUACCUAAGAAUAGGAAAGCCCCCUUUACUGCCUCAAAUAGCCGACCAAUUAGCCUGUUACCAACCCUUAGUAAACUAUUGGGAAAAAAUGGUGUUUGACCAGAUACAAUGCUAUUUUACAGUAAACAAAUUGACAAGGACAUUCAACAGCCACAGCACUUACACAAAUGACUGAUUAUUGGCUGAGAGAAAUUGAUGAUAAAAAGAUUGGGGGCUGUUUUGUUAGACUUCUGUGCGGCUUUUGACAUUAUUGAUCAUAGUCUGCUGCUGGAAAAAACGUAUGUGUAAUGGCUUUAGUCCACCUGCUAUAUUGUGGAUAAAGAGUUACCUGUCUAACAGAACACAGAGGGUUUUCUUUAAUAGAAGCCUCUCCAACAUAAUCCAGGUAGAAUCAGGAAUUCCCCAGGGCAGCUGUCUAGGCCAUUACAUUUUUCAAUCUUUACUAAUGACAUGCCACUGGCUUUGAGUAAAGCCAGUGUGUCUAUGUAUGCGGAUGACUCAACACUAUACAUGUCAGCUACUACAGCGACUGAAAUUACUGCAACACUUAACAACGAGUUGCAGUUUGAGUGGGUGACGAGGAAUAAGUUAGUCCUAAAUAUUUAUAAAACUAAAAGCAUUGUAUUUCAAACAAAUCAUUCACUAAACUCCAUACCUCAACUAAAUCUUGUAAUAAAUAAUGUGGAGAUUGAGCAAGUUGAAGUGACUAAACUGCUUGGAGUAACCCUGGAUUGUAAACUGUCAAGGUCAAAACAUAUUGAUACAACAGUAGCUAGGAUGGGGAGAAGUAUGUCCAUAAUUAGAUGGAUGUACACAGAGAGCAAACAUUAAUAAUAUGCAUGUCAAUCUAUCCUGGCUCAAAGUGGAGGAGAAAUUGACUUCAUCACUGCUUGUGUUUGUGAGAGGUGUUGACAUGUUGAAAGCACCAAGCUGUCUGUUUGAACGACUGGCACACAUCUCAGACACCCAUGCAUACCCCACAAGACAUGCCACCAGAGGUCUCUUCACAGUCCCCAAGUCCAGAACAGACUAUGGGAGGCGCACAGUACUACAUAGAGCCAUGACUACAUGGAACUCUAUUCCACAUCAGGUAACUGAUGCAAGCAGUAGAAUCAGAUUUAAAAUUAAAAUAAAAACUGAUAAAAUACACCUUAUGGAACAGCGGGGACAGUGAAGAAACACAAACAUAGACACAGACACAUGCAUACACACACGAUAACAUACGCUCUAUACACACACGUACACAUGGAUUUUGUGUUUUAGAUAUGUGGUAGUGGAGUAGGGGCCUGAGGGCACACACUUAGUGUGCUGUGAAAUCUGUUAUAAAUGUAUUGUAAUGUUUUUUAAAUGUACAACUGCCUUAAUUUUUCUGGACCCCAGGAAGAGUAGCUGCUGCUUUGGCAGCAGCUAAUGGGGAUAUAAAUACAAACACAAACAGCCACUGUCCUAAAGCAAUUCACAAAUCAAAGCAGCUACCACUAAUCACGGAAACAUUCCCCUCCCAUCUAGCUCCCUCGACUAUCUUCCAGGACGGCAUGGUCUCCCAGCCGCUACCCCCCAACGAGGGGGUCCAGUUCUACCCAGUACCCCCCAGUCUCCCUGCACCACCCGGCCAGAUCCCCCUAUCAGGGUUCCCUCCCCAAGGCUCUGGCUUUGCCCUACCUUACCAACCCCAGCAGCCCCAACCGGACCAGCCUGACAUGUUUGCUGGAGCCCAGCACCAGCAGAUGGUGCCACCACAGCAUCAGCAACAAAUGAUGCCCCUGCAAAUGCAGCAGCCACAGAUGAUGCCCUCUGCCGAUAAUCAGUCGACGGGUCCACCGGAACUACAGCCUCCUCCCAUGUCCACCUCUCCACAGAGGAACACCUUCACGCCUCAGAUGGACUUCUAUGACCAAAUGGCUCACAUGGUGCGUGUGUGUGUGUUGCGUGCAUUUAGCCUUGUUGGAAUAGAUAGUUUGAGGCGAUAUGGCGAUGUCACUAACUCUUGUCUUGUUUGCACAGGGCCCAGGAAGAAGAUCCAGGACUACUUCACAGUCCUCAAUGCACAUGGUAGGGUGUGUGCGUGUCACGUCACUGUUACCUUUGGCAGUGUGUGUGCAUGUGUUUGACUGACUGGCUCUGUUCUGUCUGCAGCAGCCUCCAGGUCGCCGCUCCCGCACCAUGUCGGAAUCUUCCACACACUCCGGAGGACGAGAGAGGAGCAACUCAGCAGCCAAGCAGUCCUCUCCGCCUCCACCCUCCAUCCCUGAGCAGCCCAAGAAGGACUCACCUAAAAAGGUUAUGCAGACACACACACACACCACAGUUACUUUUUAUUAUUACCCCAGUGGCCUUGUGGUUAGUGUCCGCCCUGAGAUUGGAAGGUUGUGAGUUCAAUCCCUGGCCGAGUCAUACCAAAGACUGUAAAAAUGUGACCUGAUGCGUCUCUGCUUGGCACUCAGCAUUAAGGAGAUAGAUUGUGGGUAAGGCCCUGUGAUAGACAAGCAUCCUGUCCAGGGGGUGUACAUGUACAUAAAAUAUCAAGCAUCAAGCUGCCUCACACUACAGAAACAGGAGAUAGGCUCCUGCACUAUGAGCCGUUCCAGCUCGCACAAGCCACUGCUCGUGCAAGGCUACUUACUUACUUAAAACUACUACUACUUUGAAUUUUGUAGCUAUAAAUUGUCCCGUUUGCAAUCGCCCAGAUCAGCUUUUUUUUUUAAACUCAUUUUUAUAUUGGCUACUUAUAGUAAUUAUUGAUAUCAGCAAAAUGUCUUUGAUUUGUGGUUGGUGUCGUUAAUUUUCAGUUUAUCGUUUCAGCUCUUACACAUUUAAAGGUUCUUUAUUUCUGCUGACCAUUUCGGGUUUUAUUUUUCUCUCUCUCAGGGAGGUGGAGGGGGGGGUGGUGGUGGCAGCUGGCUGAACUGGCUCUAUAGGAAGGGGAAGAAUGAGGCCCACCUUCCGGAUGACAAGAACAAAUCUGUAAGUCAACUCUUCGGCACUCCUUGUUUUCCAGUCAUCUUUGUACUUAUUCUUCCUUACUACUCUGCUGAGCCCUGUCUGUAAAAGCUCACAAUUUAUACAUGGUAGUGUGGUCAGUAUGUGUGUGUAUUGGAGCUGAUGAGUGGCUUUAGUUGACUGGUCUGUUCUGUCAGAUUGUCUGGGAUGAGAAGAAACAGAAAUGGGUGAACUUGGAUGAGCCAGAGGAGGAGGUGAGUUUGUGUUUUGUGUGCGUGCGUUCCAGCCGUUAUGAUUAGCAAGUCUAUAUGUAUUGUUCUUUUUAUUAGUCCUCAUUAGGGAUGUUAACGGUUAUCUGUUAAUCGGUUAGCCGCCAAAGCUACAUUUGACCGGUCAUGCUUAUCGGUCUAUAGGUUAACUUGCAUAAUUUAGUGGAAUUAAAUUGGCAUGUAUAUUUUAUGUUAGUCCUUAUUUAUCACAUGCGUACAGCUACAGAGCCUAGUUUGAGGAGCAGAAUAGCCUAUCACCUGUCAGAAAGCGCGACAGCAGCUCCUCAAAAAUCUGGUUCUGGAGUGAAAUGUGUGCUUUUAUAAGCCCAGGCAUUGCGCAACAAAUAACAAUUCUAAAUGCAAUCGCGUGUUAAACUUUGCAAUGUGAGUUUGAGGCAGUAUAGUUGUUUGAAACCUGUUUUACUUUACUUCAAAUAAUGAGGCAUGUCUUACAUUACUUCAAAGUAGCCUAGCCACAAUCCAUCCAUAGAAAAAUGAGGCAAUUAUUUUAUAAAGACUUCCUCAUGCCAUUAACCAUCAUUUCUCUCCUGUUCUAUUGGUUUUCAUAUCAACUUUCUUUAGUUGUUUAGAAGCCAAUGGCACAAUCCUGGUCAUAUUAGCAACCCAUCCUAGUUGUUGCACCUUUAGAUUCCCUCUCUUUCUAAGUUUCGAACAAAGAUUUUAAUCUCUGUCACAUAUGGAACCGCUCGCAUUAGGUGCGCUGUUUAGAAGGGUGUUUUCCCGUGAAUUGUAUUUUGGCAAAUGUUUGAAAAUGACUUUUUAUUAGCUGCUUCAUUAUAGGAGUUGCAUGUUGAAUAGUAUAGCCUUUUGACUGUAAGACGAUAGGCUUGCUAUUGUUGCAUGUUUCCAUUAAGCUCUUAAUGAAAAAUGUCAGUUCCUUGUAUGCAUGCAUAGUAUUACCCCUUGGUCACGUCAAAUUACUGUUUGGAUUUUUUUUAACCGUUUGUUGACCGGUUAAUGAGGGUUGGUUAGUCGGUAGCAAAAUUGACCGAAAUGUGCUUUCCUAGUCCUCAUAAUAAGAGGUUUAGAUCAGUGUCCUAGCACAUGUAUGACCAUCUGUAUUUAUACAGUAUUUUGGGUUAUCAUACUAACACAGAGAAAUCAUUGAUCCUAAUAAUAAAGUAUUGAUGUGUGUUUGUGUGUGUGUAACCAGUACAAGCCCCCUCCUCCUCCUCCCUCGGGCUUCCCUAAGAUGUUGGGACCCAUGCCGGGACAAGGGGGUCCUGGAGGUCCCCCUACUGGUGGGCCGCCUGUCAACAUGUUCUCCAGGAGAGCAGGUGAGAUUUACUCAUUGGCAUAACGUAAGCAGACCAUCAUUGUGGGUUUUUAGCUGAUACAGGUUAUAGAUUCAAUGCAGUGCCGCAAACCUCUUGCGGCUACGCUUCACUUGUGCUGCUGCUCAUAUGGCAAGUGUAUCAGGUUUCAUUGACUACAGUGGGAGCGGAUCAAUCGCUGCUCACACUUGGCAAAUAUGAUAUUGUCUGAAGGGAGUACGCUUUGAAUUAGCCAGGUGUGUUUCACUCCCAGUUCUAGCAAGUCCUGCAUGGCUUGUGAACAUUGUAGAGGGAAACAGAGGCAGGUGCAUGUUCCUGAGAGUCUUGGCUUUCAGGAAUGGGAUGAAAAAUAAUUAUACAUGUCACAUUGUACUUGAAACCACUACAAACUGCUAGGAACCACACUAAUAGUGCUUGUCAUUUUGGCACGUCAGAUUUUUGUGGGGAUUUUUUUUUACCAGAAAAAAAAAUAAAACUAUGUUCUCACCCAUCUCAGGUACUAAGAGCCGCUACGUGGAUGUCCUGAACCCAGGUGGACCCCGUGCCAAGCCCGGUGGAUCGGCACCUGCCCCGUCAGACUUCUUUGCCCCGUUGGCUCCCAUGCCAGCCAACCUGUUUGUGCCUGGAGCAGGUAUGCUAACCUUUGGAAAAAAAAUAUCAAUGUACUCUAGGAUGGUCAUCAUAGGUCUUUAUGAGUGUGACUGGGUUGGGAAUAUUAGUUUGUUUGCGUGUUGUUUUGAGACGUGUGUGUGUGUGUGUGUUUCUGUGUGUGUUUGUGUGUGUACUGUAUCUGUAUUCUAAUGUGUUCUCUCCUGUCCGGCUCCAGAGGAGCAGCAGCCCAUGGAGGGUAAUGUCCCAGAGACGGGAGGAAACCAGGAACAGAGUGACCCUAACCCCAGUGCUGUGCCCCAGGUACUGUAUUACACUUCCAGUGAUGGUUAUAGUUGUAUAAACUAUAUUUCACACCAACUGACCAUCAGAUUAGACACACCAAUUCAAUAUCUGCAGAACUGAAUUAAGAUGUUGUUUGAUCUGUCCAGAUGUUCAACCCAACGUUGUUACCGCCCGGUCCAGAGAGGCUCCCAUCAGGGGAGGUAGAAGCACCUCUAUCCUCCUAGAGGACUGUAGUACCCCUGCUACUCUACCAUAAACCCUCAUGCCCCCAUUGAAACAUAUGACCUUCCACUUUUAACAGUCAUCUAGCUUGGUUGAGUGGAGUGGUGGUUGGUACGUGCGUGUUUAUGGGCGCAUGUUUCAACUUCCAGCCUUUAUUUUCCGAUGUGGGCCUCAUAACCAUGCAAACACCUGGGCAGGACGACAUGUAAAAGACUCACAUAUUCUUGCUGUUGAUUGUCUAAUAAUGGAUCCUCUCCCCAAGAUUGUCCAUGUUGUGCAUUUUGACAAUAAUGAUUUAUGUUUUGAUUAAAUCUGCUUUUGAGGAGAUUAUAUUAAACUGGGAGUGGAGGCAGUUUUUGAUCUAAUCCAUGCAUGGUAUGAUUAAAUAAUUAAUCUGGGUCUGUGGUUUUGUGUUUGUCCGUGUUUAUUUCCCUCCCCCGCCGUCUUUAGCUGUCGCGUUCUAGCUCAAUGAGUUCUUUAUCACGUGAAUUGAGUCAGCAUAUAAACCAGGUACCUCUAGCUGGGCCUCAAUCGCCCCCCCCCACUCCCUCACCUCACUGCCCUGCUGCUCAACAUUCCCGCAGCUGUAUUCCCCUGGCUAUCUCAAGCACCACUCUCUCACCCACUAGCAUGCUAGCUAACUUUCAACUGAUUGGAGGUAAACGACAUCCCUCAGAUUGGAGGAGAAUGCAGCCAAUUAGAGCUGUUCUGAUGGUGCUCUGACUCUAUUUUGAAACGUUAAGAUACUACACUGAACAAAAAUAUAAACACAACAUGAGCUGAAGGAUCCCAGAAAUGUUCCUAUACGCACAAAAAUCAUAUUUCUCUCAAAUGUUGUGCACAAAUUAGUUUACAUCCCUGUUAGUGAGCAUUUCUCUUUUGCCAAGAUAAUCCAUCCACCUGACAGGUGUGGCAUAUCAAGAAGCUGAUUAAACGGCAUGAUUAUUACACAGGUGCACCUUGUGCUGGGGACAAUAAAAGGGCACUCUAAAAUGUGCAGUUUUGUCACACAACACAAUGCUACAGAUGUAUUAAGUUUUGAGGGAGUGUGCAAUUGGCAUGCUGACUGCAGGAAUGUCCACCAGAGCUGUUGCCAGAUAAUUGACUGUUAAUUUCUCGACCAUAUGUUGCCUCAACGUCGUUUUAGAGAAUUAGGUAGUACGUCCAAACAAGCCUCACAACCGCAGACCACGUGUAACCACGCCAGCCCAGGACCUCCACAUCCGGCUUCUUCACCAGCAGGAUCAUCUGAGACCAGCCACCCGGACAGCUGCUAAAACUGUCGGUUUGCACAACCGAAGAAUUUCUGCACAAACUGUCAGAAACCAUCUCAGGGAAGCUCAUCUGCGUGCUCGUCGUCCUCACCAGGGUCUUGACCUGACUGCAGUUCGGCAUCGUAACCGACUUCAGUGGGAAAAUGCUCACCUUCAAUGGCCACUGGCAUGCUGGAGAAGUGUGCUCUUCACUGAUGAAUCCCGGUUUCAACUGUACCGGGCAGAUGGCAGACAAUGUGAGGUGUAUGGUGUCAUGUGGGCGAGCGGUUUGCUGAUGUCAACGUUAUGAACAGAGUGCCCCGUGGUGGUGGGGUUAUGGUAUGGGCAGGCGUAAGCUACGGACAACGAACACAAUUGCAUUUUAUCGAUACCGUGUCGUGCCAUUCAUCCGCCGCCAUCACCUCAUUUCAGCUUGAUAAUGCAUGGCCCCAUUUCACAAGGAUUUGUACACAAUUCCUGGAAGCUGAAAAUGUCUGUUCUUCCAUGGCCUGCAUACUCACCAGACAUGUCACCCAUUGAGCACGUUUGGGAUGCUCUGGAUCGACACGUACGACAGCGUGUUCCAGUUCCCGCCAAUAUCCAGUAACUUCACACAGCCAUUGAAGAGUGUAACAAGAUUCCACAGGCCACAAUCUGCAGCCUGAUCAACUCUAUGCGAAGGAGAUGUCGCACUGCAUGAGGCAAAUGGUGGUCACACCAGAUACUGUUUUUUCUGAUCCACGCCCCUACUUUUUUUUUAAGGUACAGUGAGGGAAAAAAGUAUUUGAUCCCCUGCUGAUUUUGUACGUUUGCCCGCUGACAAAAAUUAUCAGUCUAUAAUUUUAAUAGUAGGUUUAUUUGAACAGUGAGAGACAGAAUAACAACAACAAAAUCCAGAAAAACGCAUGUCAAAAAUGUUAUAAAUUCAUUUGCAUUUGAAUGAGGGAAAUAAGUAUUUGACCCCCUAUCAAUCAGAAAGAUUUCUGGCUCCCAGGUGUCUUUUAUACAGGUAACGAGCUGAGAUUAGGAGCACACUCUUAAAGGGAGUGCUCCUUAUCUCAGUUUGUUACCUGUAUAAAAGACACCUGUCCACAGAAGCAAUCAAUCAGAUUCCAAACUCUCCACCAUGGCCAAGAUCAAAGAGCUCUCCAAGGAUGUCAGGGACAGGAUUGUAGACCUACACAAGGCUGGAAUGGGCUACAAGACCAUCGCCAAGCAGCUUGGUGAGAAGGUGACAACAGUUGGUGCGAUUAUUCGCAAAUGGAAGAAACACAAAAGAACUGUCAAUCUCCCUCGGCCUGGGGCUCCAUGCAAGAUCUCACCUCGUAGAGUUGCAAUGAUCAUGAGAACGGUGAGGAAUCAGCCCAGAACUACACGGGAGGAUCUUGUCAAUGAUCUCAAGGCAGCUGGGACCAUAGUCACAAAGAAAACAAUUGGUAACACACUACGCCGUGAAGGACUGAAAUCCUGCAGCGCCCGCAAGGUCCCCCUGCUCAAGAAAGCACAUAUACAGGGCCGUCUGAAGUUUGCCAAUGAACAUCUGAAUGAUUCAGAGGAGAACUGGGUGAAAGUGUUGUGGUCAGAUGAGACUAAAAUCGAGCUCUUUGGCAUCAACUCAACUCGCCGUGUUUGGAUGAGGAGGAAUGCUGCCUAUGACCCCAAGAACACCAUCCCCACCGUCAAACAUGGAGGUGGAAACAUUAUGCUUUGGGGGUGUUUUUCUGCUAAGGGGACAGGACAACUUCACCGCAUCAAAGGGAUGAUGGACGGGGCCAUGUACCGUCAAAUCUUGGGUGAGAACCUCCUUCCCUCAGCCAGGGCAUUGAAAAUGUGUUGUGGAUGGGUAUUCCAGCAUGACAAUGAACCAAAACACACGGUCAAGGCAACAAAGGAGUGGCUCAAGAAGAAGCCCAUUAAGGACCUGGAGUGGCCUAGCCAGUCUCCAGACCUUAAUCCCAUAGACAAUCUGUGGAGGGAGCUGAAGGUUCGAGUUGCCAAACAUCAGCCUCAAAAUCUUAAUGACUUGAAGAAGAUCUGCAAAGAGAAGUGGAACAAAAUCCCUCCUGAGAUGUGUGCAAACCUGGUGGCCAACUACAAGAAACAUCUGACUUCUGUGAUUGCCAACAAGGGUUUUGCUACCAAGUACUAAGUCAUGUUUUGCAGAGGGGUCAAAUACUUAUUUCCCUCAUAAAAAUGCAAAUAAAUUUAUAAAAUUUUUGGCAUGCGUUUUUCUGGUUUUUUUUGUUGUUAUUCUGUCUCUCACUGUUCAAAUAAACCUACGAUUAAAAUUAUAGACUGAUCAUGUCUUUGUAAGUGGGCAAAUGUACAAAAUCAGCAGGGGAUCAAAUACUUUUUUCCCUCACUGUAUCUGUGACCAACAGAUGCAAAUCUGUAUUCCCAGUCAUGUGAAAUCCAUAAAUUAGGGCCUAAUUGAUAUACACUGAUUUCCUCAUAUGAACUGUAACUCAGUAAAAUCUUUGAAAUUGUUGCAUGUUGCGUUUAUAUUUUUGUUCAGUGUAUAUCACAAAUACGAUAAUACAAAAACUGAUAAAAUACCUUGGAUUACAAACUAGAGGCAUGCUGGAGACUUGCUCCUGCCCCUGGCCUGUUCCCUUGGUUACAUCAUUAACCCUCCAAGCUACACAUGCUUAUUAACAUCAGUGGGUGUGGCAAAUGAUGCCUCUAGAUCCCACGCCGCUGGUCAUCCUCCCCGACCCCAGGCUUCUGGCGUGAUGUCACGUGUAUGAUGAUACUUCGGGGUGGAAUGGCAGGUGGAUUCUCUCAACUCAACAAGAGUUGUCUGUUUUUCCAUCCCCAUAGUCCAUAGUCAGUAGAGGAAACCUAGGUCGUGUUCAUUAGGUACCAAACUAUUACCUGUACAAGAAAUGCUCAUUUUCGCUUUCCAUUGCAAAACUUUUCCAUUUUGUGCCCUAAUGAACACGACCCUGUGAUCACAGAUUGUCCUCUCUGUAGCCAUGGAGGAAAGGGGAUUAUUGCCUUGCCUCACUGCCUGGUUACCAUGGUAACUCUGGCCUCUAUGCCUUCCAGGUGCCCCUGACUCCGCAGCCUCCUCCCCAGGGAGCUCCACCCUCUGGAGGCGUGACGUUCUAUGACCCCGCCCAGUUUGCACAGGUAAGUUAGGGUUCUGCUAAGAACGGUUAGGCCAGGGUUCCCAAUAAGACUUAACACUUAUGUAAAUGUUUACAUUGACAUCUGUGGGAAAAUUCGAGGAUCUCAAGUGAAGUUGUGAUGACACCAUUUACAUUAAGGUAAUUUAGCCAAAAGGUACAACCACAUAUCACAGCCAUUGCAAGUAAAACUUUCCUCAAUAUAGCAGUGAAAUCGGUGCUAAUAAGAAAAGAAAAGUAAGGCUUGUUCCACCAUUGGGGUGUUAGGACACACCAGUGGCUAUGUUAACACUGUCAAAUCAACCCUCUCUCCUUCUCCCCAGACGAGUACUCCAUCGGGACGGCUUCUGUCUGGCCGGUUGGGCGGUCAGAGGGCAUACCCAGUGCUGAAGUAAACAUCCAGCCUAGUUCAUCCUAAAACAGACUAUGGGUUUAACCACCCCCUGUGAAUGACUGAAGCGCGUAGACACCUCGACUCCCUCUCUGAAGGACCCCCCCUUACACCCCAGAUGAGCACUACCAUCAUCGUCAAACGGCUAUACCACUCUUUCACUAAUUAAAACAAAUAUAUGAAAAUGAGUUAAUAAUUAUUUGCAGGCAAGAUUGUCAUAAAGGGCUUUUCAUGUGUCCAUACGGAGUUAGUUGCUGCAAUGGAUCUUAACUUUCUUGAUUAUACUGUAUGUGAAAACAUAUUGCCCUCCCCUGACUGUGGGGACAGACAUGCUAGUGUGUUCAGCUCUUAGACAACAUUCCCUCUACACACACGGGGCCUGUUCUGGUCCUAUUUUUAUCUAUUAUGUGUGUCUUUGGCCCCUUUGGUGAGUGUGUUGGUGUGUAAAAGACUAAAAAAUGUGUAGCACUUCGGGAGCUCAACUCACUGUUUAUACUAGUGUAUAUGGCUUCUCAAUGUUCCUGUACAGAUACUGAAGGUAGCGCUGAAGUAUGUGUGUGGAGUAUCAGUAAUGCAAUGCCUGCUGUGUUCCCUCUCCCUCAGUCACCCCUCAUUCAGAUGUGCUCAGGUGUGAGGUGGGGUCCAGCAGAGGAAAUAAGAGCAACUGUCUUGUCACGCCUCGCUACCGCAGGAGUUUAG